UUUUGCUGCAGGAAAUGACACUGAGGUAAAUAGUCUACAACUUUGCAAGGUUUGACCACAUGUACUUGCUUUCUUGAGACACUUUUACCGAGGACGAGCUCAGUGAGGGCCGUCAUGAUUUAUUUUAGUGUUGUCUUCAUUUGUUUACUAAGCACUCAACCCAGUAAGUUUUCUUAAUGUGUUUUUCAACCAACCAAACUCCUUCGAGAUUUAAGAAACUUACACUUUAUCUUCAUUGAAGAUGAUGUAGUUUUCUUUUCAUGUUACUUUCUGUGUCCACUUUUUAAACCUGAUUUCUAAAUCCAUCAUUUUCACAGAUAGUAGGGGAGACCGGGGCUUGUUGUCACACUUUUUACACUCUUAUCUAUUUCUUGGUAUCAAUAUAUCAUAUAUAUACAAAAUGUGUACCAGAUGAAAAACCAGAGUAUCAGGUAUAUAUUUUGUAUUUAUGUCAUUUUCAUAUCUUGUGUCAGUGCAGUUAUAAGCAAUCAAAUAGAGAGUGUGAACAUGUGACAUGUUGCCCCACAAUCGGGUAAGUUGUCUCACUACAUGGGGUAAGGUGUCACAGUUGAUUUUAGAGCUAAUAAAACAAGGACAUAAUUAUUGCUGUUCUCAUUUUUUUACUUGAAAGUGUCACAGUUGUCACAUGUUGAGCCAUGUCACUGAGCCACAAAAAAUCAUGGAACAAACGUUCACAUAAAAUAUUACGCCACAGUUUUUCUUUCGAAAUUCCUGACCAUGUGUUCUCGCUUUCUCCUCUCCUUUAAACCACUCUUUUUUCUGUAAAGAUUAAGCCAAAGUUUCAAUAUGACACCUGCUGAUAAGCACACUCUCUAUGUUAAUUUUUAACCAUUUUAAACAUGUGACAGCAAAGCUCAAAAUGACUGGGACAUGUUGCCCCAAACUACCUUGUCUGCUAAUUAAAGCUCUAGCUUAAAACUGAACAAUGACUGAGGUUUGAGAGGAUGCCUUAAUCUGUCCUCUAACAAGUCUACACGUAUCACUGCUAGGAUUUUUAUCUGGAAGAAGUUUAUUUUAAAAUAUAUAAAGUUAAAAUGUUUUACUGUGAGUUGUGCAAAAUGGUUUAUUGGCGCUCAUCUCAGCUCACAAUGUGCUCUUCUCUUCUCAGUCAGGACAAUACCCCUAACCAUGUAAAGGAAGAAAACUAGUAUUCCACUUUUUAGUUGCGCCCCCUGGUGCCAAAGAUAAUUGCAAUGUGACAACUUACCCAUGUGACAACAAGCCCUGGUCUUCCCUAUUCCAUAUUGGAAGGCUGAAUCAGGUCUUAAAAUGUUUUCCCUCAUCAUUAGACCAUCACGACUUCACAAGUGUCACCCAAAUUCUGAUUUGUAUCAGUAACAUGAGUUCUCACUGCAUUUAGCUAUCAUGAAAUAAAACUAAAGAAGCCAUUAAACAUAACUGAUGGCUUAGAGUAGCCUUUGUCCUCACUUUAUUUUCAAUGCGGUGUUGUGGUAUGAUAUAGGUUGAUGCUGUAAACUCUGCUAAUGUAACAAAAUUGUCUCUUAACCACUCUGAAUAAUAAUAGUAUUAAUAAUAAAAAACAAAUGCUGAUAUUUUACACAUAAGUUCUGCUGUCACACAAGGCAUUAGAGCUUGAGCCAGACUAAAAGCUUCAUCCAUUAUUCAUCACUCUUCCAUAUUCAUUUUAUGACCCCUACUUUUGAAAUUUUCAGAUCCAGCCGGUUCAUCACAGCUAAAUUGUAGUUUCUGCUCACAGGAGAAAGACUGCAUAUGAGUCCUGCACAUAAAGUGAGUGUACAUUUUAGUUUAAGUUUAAAUAUUAAGUAAUCCCUUAGUGGAAAAUGUUCUUCGCUGCAUGAUGUAGUAAAGAUAUGAAGUCUUAUUCUCACGUUUCUUUUUUACUUUUGAAUACUUACAUUUUUGUGUCUCAUUUUUAUUAUUUCUGUAUAGUGUCGGUACCAGUGGAGAUGUUUUAGCUCUUUCGGUUCAGAUACAAACUCUUGAAAAGUUGAGGAACUCUGCGUCUCUGUACAGAUGCAGUGUACAGCUAAUGUUUUACCUAUGUACAUCGUGAAACUUUGUGGUUUGAAUUAGUCAUGUUCAUGUUGUUUUUGUCGAUUUGUAUUGACUUUAAUGUGGUUUUUGUCAAUUGUUUUGUGCAAAAUUGUGUUUCAAGGCUUUGCACUUUAAACGGAUGUCCGGUCUGUGGUUCAGCUGAACUACAAAAGAACCAGCACUGUGUGGCAGCAGGUGCAGAAAAGACUAAAGCUCUUCCAUAUGGGCAGAUGGAGACUUUACCAGGGAUAAAAAGUUCUAGAGGUAUGAAACACAUGUUUUUUGAUCAUGAAAUAUUCUUUGACUUUAUUUAUUAAAGAAUCACUGAAUUAUCUUUGUUUUUGAUGUGGUGAUUAAAAAGAAAAAAAACCUUUCGAUUUUACCUUUUUUUCCCGCAGCAAAGACAAAAUGCCUGAUAUCAGAGAGACAUGACAAGGAAGAUGGGGUGAGUACUAUCGCUUCAGAGUUGGGUGCAUUUUGCCAUCUGGUUGUUCACUUUCUCGCAACAUUCCCUGUUGUUCAUGGCUGUAACACCUUGGUAGUAUCACAGUUGAACAGCAUAUCUUUGCACACACAGCAUUUCAAUUAACAUUUCCCAUGAGCGAGACUUGUUGUAGGGGGUGCAAUUCGUUAUGAAACAGCGCUAUCAUCCAUCACUGUCUGCAGGAGGCAUUGAGUUACCUUUGCUUUCCACUUUGAUGGGUAAUCCCCACAGAGACAGGCUGGCCCACUUGAUCAAGUGCAGUGAGCCUCAUAGACAGAUCAUAUGCACCGGGGGGGACUUCACUGACUGAAAACAAAAAAAAAAAUCUCUUAUUCAAACCAGAACCGGGACAAUUUGUAUUGUGAUUAAGUAGACAGUGAAGUGCCUUGAAUCCAUAUGAGGAUCACGCUGCUGCGGGCCCCAAGCUGAACACCAAAUCACACAGUGAAGAUGAGAACAUGCCCACUCAGCAGGUUGAGGUGGCUAUGGGGCCCCCCAGUGAGAGCUGUGUCUGACAUCUGAUUCUUCUAACCAUGAAAGAUGACAAUACUGUGACAGGUGUCAAUUUUUUCAGAUGGAGAAAAAUGCACCAAGGACUGAGCUCUGGCUGGAGCUGUUGUGGCUGAGUUUACAUUCAAGAGAUGAGGCCGAUAUUUAUAAGUGAUAGAAAAGAUACAUAUUGUGACUCAUGUUUACAACUUUUUUUCUAAAUUGUUAUUAUUUAAGACAUAAAACAAUAGAUGGAAGCCAUACAGUUCAUAAAAUCUGUGACUUUGGCUCCAGUCUUCAGGAGGAAAAUCUGAAUCAACUUCUCCUUUGCCAUUUCACUUAUUACCAUAAGGUGGAGACAGAGACAGAGCUAUGGCUGUGUUUUGCAUCCACUUGCUUAUUGUGGUAUUACUCAUUCAGUGGACAUGAUACUCCCACAUUUCACUCGCUCUGCCUCUAUGCCUGAUCCCUCAUGAAUUUGUAAACAUGGUUUGACUGGUUAAUAAGGACCUUUCUGAGGGGAAAGAUACAUGUGACAAAAAUCACCCACUCUGUCUUGAUCUGUCAGCUGUUAAGCUUACUGAUUAUACAUACAUUUAUAGGGUCAUGUCCGUCAUUAAUUUCAGUUUGACCUCACAAAACAACAGCAGUCUGGUUUGAAAUGCCUGUAAAAAGAUCCUUUAAAAAUGCCCACUCGGGCUGUGUAAAAUGUAACCUUGCUCUCGCAACCUGGGAAACAGUGUCUGUCCUCUCUUGUGCUGCCCUGUCUGCACAGGCGGUGCAGUGUUUCUGCACUGCUGAAUGGGACAUCUGGUGUGGAGCAGACGCUUCAGUCUAAACUGACGUCUCUGCAGAGUGUUGGACUGAAACUCUCCAGCACAUUGUGUUCCCAUUGAAAGCAUGCAUAUAUGCUGAGUUAGGUGUUCACAGACAUGAUGAGGGGGAAACUCUCAAAGUAGACAUCGCAUACAGAGAAGAUUAAUAGAGGGAGGAGGAAUGUGAAGAGAGGGGAUAAUGAUGUGCAUCAAAGCAGAGUACUUUCAUAUAGAGUGACGAUGAUAAGCAAUGCAAUUGACCACUCACAUAGUGGCUCAAGUUUUGUGCUUUUAUGACACAAGUUUUAAAACAUACAAACUGGAAACCUCAUUUAUAAAAAUCGUUUCCAGCCCUGUUUGGAUCAGCAGCUGAAAAAAUGAAGAAUGAUUAAAAAAAUAUUAGGUGAAUUGGCCUUAUUUCAAGUAAAAAUACUGAGAAGAGAGAAAAAAAAUCAAAGUUGAGAGACAGAAACAGGUCUAAGUCACAAAAACUGUUGCCUACAAUAGAGAAAUCUGUAAAAAUUUCAGUCCAAACUUUGUGUUCCAGACUCUUUUAAUGACAAACAAAAAUUUUAAAAUCAAAUGAAUAAUUUUCAUUUCCAACUAAAAUUUGAUUUAACAGUUGUUUAUUUACAUAAGGCCUGUUCAGAGCUACUUCAUGGUUUCCAAACCACCUCUGGUUCCUGAUCUGUAGACAAAAGCACAGUUCAAAUGUUUCAUACAGACCAUAGGGACCAUGUCAGAUGGUUGAAAGAGUCAAAAUAUGUUCUAUUUUACACUGAUGGGAACUUUUCAUAGCACUCUCCACCAUCAGUGCAUGAAUGAGGUGUAAAUGAGUGAACGUGGCAGGUAUUGUAAUCACGCUUGAGUGGUCUAGAAAAGUGCUGUACGAGAAAGGUGCAUUUACAUUCACCAUAUACCCUGUCAAGAUCCCAAUCGCCAUAACAACCAGCUGACAAUACAUUAUCCCUACAGGAUACAGGACACCAGAUAAUGUAAAAUUUUCACCUCUUGUUAGUAUGUAUAUGUGAACAGAUUGCAUGGUAGAUUCUAACCUUACACAGCAGUACAGCGUUUAACUGCAUUUGAAACCUUCACCCUGAGCGUGCAAACAGAGGGCAGUGUGUGGUCACUGUGUGAAUGUGGUGAAUUUUUCUAUAGAUGUAUUUUACACUGAGCAUCCCUGAAAAAAUCUGCCCAGAAAGGCUGACUAAACCUUUAAAAUCUGCUCCCCCUGACAUCACUGCUGCUCUGCUCUUCCCUACUGUUCAAGGAUGAUGUCACUGGGAAGAGGAAGUAGCAAUGCCCUGUGGAAAACUACACCCCCCCCCACACACACACACACAUCCCCCACCACCCUCCCCUUUACUUGCUGCUGCCAGCGUGUCUGCUCACUGAGGACCCGGCCCUGGGAGUGGCUCCUACUGAUACCACAUCCCGCAUGGCUGGAGGCUGGUCGGUCCAAUUGGUUGGGACCCCGGUUUUUCCCCUGGCUAUCAUAUCUCUGUGUCCUCUUGUUGACUCCUGUUCUCUGCCACUUGAGAGGGCCACAGAUUACUUGCUGCUCGGUCCCCCUGAGCCCCCUUCACACUAACUCUAACACUCUCUCUCUCUUGGUCUCUCUCUUUCUCUGGGGCCUCCCGAUACACACAGUUGUCUGCUCCCACAGGACACAGAACUGUAGAUAUGUAAUGCAGAACGAGAGUCGAGAUGACCUCAGCUUUUCCAUCGCCAGUGUUUCCAGUUCUGCUGCCUCUCGCACUGUACUCUCCUGGCUCUGAGGCGCCCCUCGUCCUCUGCUUUCACCUCCCAGAGUGAGACAGCCUUGAUUUAAGUAUGUUGAUUUAAAUAAGAUCUAUUUACAUCUCACCAGCAGGCUGUAAAUAUGCCAAACAAGCUGUUCAAUUUUUGAUUGCCCAGAUGUAUUUUGAUUCUGAACUUCACCGUGAAGAUGUUUUGCAUCAGUCACACGCGAACGAGGUUGCGGAUCUGAAUUAACAGCUUACCGCAGUGACAGUGCCACUGCUCUUCUCCCUUUGAUCUCAUGCGGUUGUGUGGACACAUCAGCUCUAGAGUAUGAACUCUGUUUCAACUCUUUUUUUUUUUUUUGCGCUGAAUAUACAAGGCGAACUUCACUCCUCUUUUGUUGUUUUAUUCCUCUCCCAUGGCCCACCAACGGGCUGUAGAAAUUCAAAAGAAUAUCAACAGACUUUGCCUCCGCAUUAAAGAAAGCAAACAAGUGAAGAAACAACGCGGCUUCUCCCCAGAGUCCAUGUUAGUGAGCUUGCAAACACCAUUGCCAGAAGUGUAUUCUGGUGGAAGACUUGAGAUCACUACACUAUCCCCCAAGCCAGCCCAGGGAUCCAGCCAGGCAGCUGCAGCAAAGAGUGCUGUAGCUGAGGAGAAACAUGAAGUCUGCUCUCUCGCCCUCCCUGUGUCUGUGUCUCUCAUUCUCUGCGAGGGAGACAUACCUCACCUCGCUACCUACAGAGGGGGAUGAGGAGCCUGUGAGGAGAAAAUUGCCUUUUGUGGAAGCAUUAAUUCAGAUGUGUACCCUGCUGUCUGAACAUCACUCUGAACUCUCCCCACUACUCUCUCUCUCUCUUCCUCUCCCGCCAUGCAACUCACUCCCAGCCCUCUUUCUUUUCCUCCCCUCUUCAUCAAUAACCUUCUGCUGUCUACGGCUGAAGAAUAACUUAUUCCCUGCGACUCCCUCCCUUUCCCUUUAAGCUUGUUUGGAUUUUCAUUGUUUGAUCUGGCUUGAUAAAUAAGACAAAUGCAGUUAGAAAUUCAUGGCUGCCCCAUUUCAUCAAUAAAUGAUUAGUUUGCCACGCUCCCCGGUGAUUGAUAGGUUUUGCACGGGAUGUAUUGGAACCAGAUGAAUUCAAUACAGUAGGAGUCGCAGGGGAGCUACAAAGCAUAUCAGCUCAUGAAAAAUUGAGGUCAACGGAAAAAUGUAUAAAGAAAAAAAAAACAUUGAAAACAGAAGGGGAACAAGUUCUUGCCCUGCUGUGUUUUGUCUGUUUUUUGUUUCUUUUUUUCCUCUUUACAAAACAACAACAAAAAAGUCAAUGAUGAAUCACAGAGUAAACUGAGGAAAUGCGCCUUAAUCUGUGCCCCCUGUUUUCUCCUCUCUUUUGUCUCUUCAUGUAGUUUGCUCACACAGGCUUUAGAGAAGACCUUGAGCACACAGCCAGGGGCCACAUGGAGAAACACACAGCCAAGCCGGCGAGAACCAAACAACAGAGGCAGGUGUCCAGGACCCUGGUUCUCUCCCAACAGGGGGUAAGCAGGGCAAUUCUAUAGAAAUAGCUCUCUUUCCUCCUACCCCCCUUUUCCUCAUAGCAGGUCCCCUUUUUGCUCUAGCUUUUCCUCUAUGCCAAUAUGAAAAAAAACAAAACAAAACAGUCGUCUUUAGAUGUAGAAUGUAUAUGCAUGCAUGUGUUUGAGCAGGACAACCUUUGGGCACACAUAUGGGCAAAUUCCCCCCAAAAAAUCUGGGUCCAAGAGUUUUUUGUUUUGCUUUUUUUUUUUUAAAACAAAACUCACAUUUGGCAGGUGAGGGAGCUUUCUUUGGAUCCUCAACUUGUUCUUUCAAGUCCAAACAGAACACAGCUCCCCCCCUUGCUCUUUGAAAGAAACACUGUGAAUAUUAAACAGAACAAGACUUCAAACACAAAUCAACGGAGCUUAAAUCAUAGAUGAAUUCUUAUCAGGCCAUUUUGUUGAAUAUAUAUCCAGAAAGCCCUGUUAACUGCGUGGGGGGAAAACAAAAUGCCCUCAUUUGCUACUCAUGUGUGGAUAAAAAUGGUAAUAAGUUAUUAAUCACUAAUGACGCCUACAAUAGAACAUAAAAGUGACAAAAUGCAGCUUUGGAUUGAUGGGUUUGAACAUUCAAGCAGUGGCGUUGUUUAAAAGCGACACUGUGUUAAUCAUUGAUACUCAGUAAUUGAGCGUUUGCUUUCUAAGUCCAGUUUUUUUUUUUUUUUUUUCAGUAUCAGUCAUUUUGUUGGUGUUUGUUUGACCAUCUGUGCUCUCUUAAUACUUAACUUGAAAACUUAUCCACUACUAAAUGUAACCUAACACGACAGGGUGACACAAUAACAACAAUAUUUCAGUGCGUUUAGGGUGACCAUACGCCCUCUUUUACCAGGACAUGACCUCUCUUUUCGGGGUUUGGCCGGCUUUGUCCGGUGGAGUUUAUAAAAUCCUUCAAAUGUCCGAGGUUUUGUAUGGAAGUUUUGAGUUUGUGUCCCAUGGACUUACUGAGCUAGCAACACGUAAAAAACACUUGAUCCAACCCGAAAAACUCUCAAAAUUAUCUAUGCGUGACUCCGUGACUCCACCCCGUCGUCGCGUCCUCUUUUUGGGGAUUCAGAAUAUGGUCACCCUAAGGGCUUUGCUCUUGAAAAGACUCCAACAGGACAUUGCCACAGUGCUGUGUUCCUUUUUCUUUAUGAGGGUACUUUGCCAGUUUCGAAACAUAUACGAAAGAGGUUCAUUCGGCCUGUUUACGAUGAACUUAUAAGACGGUUCAUCUAAAAAGGCCAGAAAGGUAAAAAAACGUUUUGUACCUGACAAGUUUUGGCUACGUUACCUCUGCAGCCUCUGCCAUCCCACCAUCUAAGGUGGGAUGGCAAAACCAUGUAACUCAUUACAGACAACGUCGCAACCAACAUCACGUGACACCUCUGAUGACGGCUGCAGAGGCAAAGUAGCUGAAACUUUUUAGGCACAAAACUUUUUUCCCCGUUUUGGUCUUUUUAGAUGAACCGUCUUAUAAAGUUUUGACGCAUGUUCAAACUUUUGAGCGUAAGAAAGCCCCCCAAAACUUCUGCUUCAGCAGCCUUAACUGGGACAACAGUAAGAAACAGUGUGAGUUCUCAAAUGCAUUCAGAGAGAUGUUAGGCAAAACUUUGUUCGAGAGAUGGUUCCACUUAGCUUGGUAAUGCAGCACUAAAACCAGAAUAAAUCAAGAAAUAUGAAAAAGUAUAUAUUACCUUAGUGCCUCUUCUCCUGGUCGAUAGAGCCUUUGCACCGGACUAAAUCACUGCGAGGGAAUUGCAGCUCUCUUUGUACCUUUUUAUACUCCUACAUAUUCUCACAACAGCGCUAAAGGAAAAGGUGAUGCUCACAAAUCUUCAAACUCCCCAUCCUGGCGUGAUUUCUUAGCAGUGUUUAUGACCUGGUGCAGGACAAGAGCCUCCUAGUUCUUCCAUCAUUUUCAUUUUUUUUUUUUAACCAUCAAGAAAGAGAUCCGAAAGUUCUGCUCGACUACAAACUUAAUGGCCUCAGGAUGUUUUGAAGCCGUGUAAUUGCCUCUUUGAGCUAAACCCAUUAGCCACUUAUAUUUUCUAUACUUUGUUCCUUUGUCGUAUCACUGAUUUUAAAUCUAAUAUUCAAAUGGAGUUUCUUUUGGCUAUUGAAGUAGGCUCAAACUCGACAGAGUGUUUAAUUAUUCACAUUGCAGCCUGUAUCUGAUCCAGCAGCUGAAGAAAAAAAAAAAAAAGAGAGGAGGACUACAAAAAGGGAGUUAAUUUACAAGGGAACAACAACAGUGUGACGCUGCUGUAUAAGCAAUUCCCCCCACAUGCAUCAAGUGCAACCUGUCACUGUCAGGAGCUAACCCCAGACUGGAAGUUCACGCUGGCUGGCCAUAUUUGUGGCAGGGCAGCUGUGGCUCUCUGUGGCCUUUUUGUCUGAGGGACCGCUCUAAAUAAAUAAAUGGCUUGACAGCAACAUUGAUCUCUCGCAAAGUUGGACAGGGGAAAGCAAAGGGAGAGGACAGGAGGGCAGUGAGGGAUGAAGGGGCAAAGAGACUGAGAGAGAAAGAGAGAGAGAACAAGUGUGCUGUAGAAUAAGGCGGUGACUGUCACCAGAUGAGGUAAUUGUGAUUAAUCACUUUUUUUCCCUCAGAGGGCCGCGUGUUCGAUACAUGAAACAAAAGAAAGUGAGACGGAGGGAGCGGAAGAAGUGCCGGAAGACAGACGGUUAAAGGUGGACCUGCCAAUUGAUUGGGUAAAACACAAGUACUGCAGCCGGAUGAGGUCUUUAGCAUACAAUCUUUGAAGAGCAUGGACCUGUGUACCAGACAGGAAGACAGAAUUGAUUUCAGUCUAAAAACACCAGUAUUAACAUCACCUCACAUAAACACAAGCCACCCGGCUGGUUGCUGACUCCUUUACCUUAACUGCAAGUCUGCAACUGCACUUUUUUUUGUCAGUGAAGAGCAAAAGUUGAGUCGAAAAGUUGAUGAACACCACAAAAAAGUUUGCAUUUGAUGUAAAAUGUAUGGGUUAGAUGGGAAAAGGUGUCUGCUGCUAUGACAUCCUCUCCCCGUUUUUCCUCCCACUAAGCUCCCUGUGUGUUUUUCAGCUUCAAAAAGAAUUGAGAAUAAACUCCCACUCCUCCUAAUAUUAUUUUUUUUCUGCCAGAAUAAGGCUCACGACUGCUCAGCAGAACAAGUUACAUAAAUAUAUAAAUAUUUAGCAAAAUCAAUACAGCAGUACAGUACAGUCAAAGCCAAGGGGGAUCUUGUUUUCUCCCCGCCUGCAGGUUGAGGCCAAGACAGUCGACGAGGAGGAUGAGAGUUGCUGUGCGAGUCCCUGCAAGGCCUCCCUCCGUGAUUCAGACGCCCUGUGUCUGCAGAGGUCUUUGUCUGCAGGUUCCAGAAAGGAUGUAAGUACCCUUAUUAUGAGUUCCAUGUAGUUACUUCCUCAUGUUUAGUUCAUUUUUACUUUAUUAUUAAGUGCAAUUUUUUCAUUUGCUUUGGGAUAAGGUCACAUAAAAAAAAAUGGUCUAACCAGCAAUUAUGGUAAUCACCAUUUUCCAUAAUUGCAAGACCGUCAAAUAGACCUGCUCCCAGCAACUAUACUUAUGUCCUCUGUGUGUGUGCAACCUGUUUUCUGUCUCCAUGGUUCUCUUCGUGAGUUGUGUGCUGUGUAUUUACCAGCACAGCUUUUCUGCGAGGCAAGGAGAGCCAGUGAAAGGCACAGGGCACAGAGCUGGUGCUGGAGACAGAGGAUUAAAGACACCUGCGCCUGAGGUACAACUCUAUGUGCUGUGAGUUUACAGAGCUUAGCUGAAGCCACAGAUUCUGAAUACAUCACAGCAUCCAGCUUUAAAAAAAUACAUCCAAGUGUGUAUUUGUGAUUAGAGUAGAGCCCCAUAACAGCAUGCGGUUAUAUCCAGUGUCUGCACUGCAAUAUAGCCUGGUUAUUGCAUGUAUUCACAGUGAUGGAGUAUGACUGGGAUGUGUCUACAGAUGUUUUUGCAUGGAUCUGUGGCUCCCAGAAAUUACACUCAUUUAAAUACACUUAUUUUGCCCUGAUAAUCCCCGAGGGAUACCCAUGUGGAGCAGUGUAACUGUGAUGAAUGCGCACAAUAGUUGGGCGAUAUUACUAUUCCAAGCAAUUUCAUGCGGCUUUGAAAUGAGAAGAUAUUGAGCCUUAUUUAAGCAAUCAAUAACCUUGAACAUUUUGUUUUAAUGAAAACUAUAAUUUCAAGCAGUGGCAAUUACACCAUAGGGGAAUGUUUUGGUGUGGUGAUGAUUUUGCUGCCGUAUGCACUUUUGCAAUGAAGAUAUUCUUAUCAGGGUAAUUAUUGACUUCUGGGGGCCAGUUAUGACCCCGGCUAAAGACCUCAUCAAUAGAUUAAUUCAUUACUUAUUGCUUUUAGUCAUACAUGAAUGUUGCUGAUUCAGAUCGGCCAUGGAUUGAAGGGAUGGACCAUUAGAUAAUGGAAAAUAAUAAUAAUAAUAAUAAUUGCCUGUACAGACUCAGCUACUUUCCCUGCAGAGCACUUUUUUGAUUUGUUAGGUUACAAAGAAUGACAUGAGAAGAAGAAGGGUGGAUUUUUAAUUCAAGCUAAAUGCUUUUAUAUAACAGCAAUAGACAGAAGCCACUGGCACUAAUAUACAACAAACUAUUAAUUUUGAUAACAGUUAAGUUAUCUAUGUGAGAGAUGAUGUGUAGUGAGCAGGUGAUUAUGUGAAUCCUGACAGAUACAAAGCCCUGAUUUGCAUAACCACCUGCUACAUUAUCCUGCUUAUUACCUGACGACCAACCAAAGACAAAAAAAAAAAAAAAAAAUGCUGAUUGAUUAUUGAUUGUAUUCAGAGCCCCGGGCUGAGGUGGAGUGAAAACAUAAAGUGAAAGUCAGCACAGAAUGAAUGCCUCUCGUCUAAUCAGACAUCCAGGUCAGAACUGACUGCAGAUGUCUUUGAACCUCAAACUGUGGAAAGUUCAGGUCAGUAGUAAAGAUACAGCAGGUGAGACUUGCUGAACUUCAGGUCUUCUCAUCGUUCACAAACGCUUUACUUUCUCCCCUAUGAGGCCGAACAGCCAGUCGCUGUCUCGCUGUCGACGGCAGCCGCAUCAUUUAGAGCGCUGUGAAUAAUAAUGAGGGAUAACUGCACUGCUAUGACUCAUACUUCAAGCUGAGUUGGGACUGAUUUCCUCCCACUCCUGUGCUCAUAUGUGCUCAUGAAAUGCCCCGCAUACUCUGUAUACGUGCAUGUAUAUAGUACAUAUUGAUGACCAAAUUCAAUUACAUGAUUACAUUUUCAGCCCCAGCUUUAAAUGAUUUAUUGUAUUGAAUUUAAAUAGUGAAUACAUUUAGAGACAGUACACCGGUGAGGCGGUUGCGUGCGUGCGUGCAAUAUUGACCUGUGUGGUCCGGGCCAAAUAAAGAAUAACGAGAUUCAGCAUCUCUGCCAAGUGGAGAUGUCCGCUGGGAGUGAAGGCAGGCUAUCUCAGUGGAAGCGAGCGGAGGGAUGGCCGACUGGAACCCGAUGCACAUUUAUCAAAGCAUUUCUUAUAAUCACUUGACUGACUUUUGUUGGGCUUCGUGAAGGUUGGCGUUUCCUUUUGAAUGCACUCUGUUAAGGAGCUGAUUGAUUUCACAGAGAGGGAGGGGGACCCUGUCUGUGUUGUAGAUGUCAUACAAUUUGAGGAAAUGUGGACCAGGGUAGAUUUGUACUCUCUCCUGUGGCAUUGUGUUUACAACUAUCAUUUGUUUUGAUUUAACAAUAUUGGCUGAUUUAUCAACCAGUCAGCUAAGCAUUUUUUCUUAAUUAAUAUUGUUAGAAAUGCCAAUAAGUCCAGGGAUGUUUGAUCAAUCGUCUUCCUCUUCUUAAGAAUUUUGUGAUAAAAAAUCGAAUCCUUAUUGACCGCCUCAUUGAUCCAUUUCUUCCCUUUUCCAAUGCGAGUCCAUUUCAUUUGUCUUUCAGUUGUUUUUCCCCUGCUCUUAUUCCCCGAAGCUUAGGUUAGCCAUUUCAAAGACCUCAGUCUCCCCGUGCAAGGUCAACUAUAAUCAACUGGAGACAAUGUCACUGCCUUGCUUUUCCACAGAGCCUGGCAGAAGAAGACGACUCCUCUGGGCUUUUAAGGGCCUACUGCAUUAUACCAUUCAAUUACUGUUCAUUAGACAGUGUACAGCCAUUAAUCAGACGGAGAUGUUCUGCUAGUCCUCAGCAGGGACAAUGAACUGGGGAGAUUUAUUCUGACUUCCUGUCUGGGCCGCUGUUUUGUAGUAAGAAGAGAGAUGACACUUUGGAAUGCACCAAAGCUUUCAGUACAGAGACGUCCUAAACUGAACUGCUACUCCGACUCUCUGCGUCUGUUUUCAAGUGAAGUUCUCCGCUUCAUGCAGCCUUGUCUUUGAAUUUUAAAAGAAGAUAGGCUUUGUCAGAGAUUUACUGCAUAUGUGGGAGAGUAUUACGAAUCUGAUAUAUCACCAAAAGGAGAGAAAGCUGACAGAUUUACCGAUUAGAGCUGCAUAUGCAUCGAGUAUGACUAGAUGAUGAUAUGAGAAACUGAUUUAUGUUUUCCAGGAGGCUAAAGAGAGGAAGCUGUGUCCCGUUCUUCGCACACUACGGUCACGGAGAUCUCGCCUUUUCAAGGGUAGGUUCAUCAAAGCAUAAAGCCCGGUAGUAGCUCACUGGCGGCAGCGGCGGCGGCCCCUACGUUCCCCUCCACAGCACCUAAUGCACCCAUAAAGAGACCACUAAUACACUCUGCAUUACCAGUUCCUCCCUCGCAUUGCAUGUCACUGGAUCCGCAACCACCUCUCAACAUCUGGGAGAGCUUUACGCCGUGCUUUAUGGAGACCAUCUGCUUGAGUGGGUUUUUUGCCUCCCCAAUCUCAGAUGACUUAUUCUUGUAUUAAAGGCACCUGCACAUCAAGGUGUGCCAUGCUAGGGCUGAAGAUUAUUCAGCUUGUAAUUUGGAACCACUCAGACAGAAUGAAAGAGAUAUGUCCCUUGUUACUAUGGAAAUCCUAUUCUAAAUAGAGCUGCAUGGCUUGACUUUUAUUUGAUUGAUCUAGAGAGGAGCACAUCUGAAAAAAAAAAGAAAGGAACACAAAAUAAAAGCGGAAUACAUUUGAUUAUGGAGGAGACAGAAGAUAACAGUGUUAAACACAAACCACAGAGAUGAUGUAAACUUGACAUUCUACUUUGUUGGUUGAAUGUGCCUUUCAGCUGGUUCAGGCAAUUUCAUUCUAAUUGCCUACAAAACACAGGCUUCGACUGUGAGGCCCAUUCAGUGCUUUCCCAGCAUCUCCAAUUGUUCCCUGUGAAAAUUCCUAAGGUGACUAAAUGGAACAGGAUGUGAAUCUCUGCACGUGGUUAUCACUGUCUGCCCUUCAAUCUGAGCCUCACCCUGUCAGCGGGACACCAGGAAAAUCACUGCAUCCUGUGCUCACAGCAGGCUUCCUACCUUGCACACAUGGCACAUAUACCAUCAUCAAGUCCAAAAAUACACAUACACGUGCAUGAAACAUAUGGGCACGGUUAUCCAACAGACAGUAAAUGUCUUUCUCAUGAUUUUAAGGCACACACAUGCAUUUUCUUCUAAUUAUUCUCAUAUUGAUAGCACCAGAGGUGACUCUGAUUUCCCUGCAGAAUAUCAAUGGACACUGCAGGGGGCAUUUGAAAUCUAUCAUGGCGCAUGAUUGCCUGUAAACUCCAGCAUCAAAUCUUCAUUUUUCUCUCCCUAUCACGUUAUAUUGUUGUUGCUGUUUAUGAAUGGUUCUGCAUCACUCAUGCCUCAUAUUCCCUAGCUGUCACAGUGCAUCUGUGGGUGACACAGAUGCAAUGCUUAACAGGAGAGUCAGCGCCUUGGUGUUGGGAAGUGGGAUGUGAAAGGAAAUGCAAGUGAUCUCUAACAGAAUCUGCCACCUGCUUUGCAUCAGAAUGUCAAUAUCUGGGCCAGUUUUUAUCUUUGAAAGGAGUUUAAAAAGCUCGGUGAGGACUGGAGGCCUUUGUCUUAAAAGUGAAUCCACUAUUAAAGUUCUCGCUCCGGCUCUGCUUUGUUCUUUACCCGUGGUAUUCAGUCUUGACUCCCACGGAUAAAAGCAAGAGACACUACUUGGUUCAAUUUGGCUGAGAUUCUCCUUCAAAAGUUAUUGGCACCAUGUACAAUGGCCUUGUAAUUUAUGAGAACUGUUAGGGCCUCUGACAGAAGUUGUAAAGCAUCUUGACUGAUUGGGUAGAUAUGAGGUGUGUGCAGUCAUGGCAUAUUGUUGCCUGUAUGUGCCCAGGACAUGCAGAGAGUCUCGCGGCAUGCUCUGUCACAGAUAAAUUACUCCGCACAGUCAAAUUAAGUUGUUGUAAAUCACCUCCCAGACCCGAGACUAGUCCUGAGUGACGACCUUUACGCCUAUUUGACUUUAAGUCUUAUUUAUGUUAAUCACGUCUGCAUUAUACCGACAGUAAAAUUGUGUCAUAUCGUAAAAGGUCAUUGUUUUGCUGAGCUGCAUGUGACAGGGACAGAAAAACAUGCUGCUUUGUUUACCUCGAAGAGUAAGAGGUACGGGGGACUUUGCAUGAUGCUUUCAUGCUUUUUUAUAUCAACUUUAUAAUAAUUUCCCUUUUUUCCCUGUGUCUUUUUUACAGUCUGUGAUCCACAUGGCAGUCAUUAAAAAGGUAUGUCCAAAAUGGUAUCAUUAAAUGUCCCAUUGAUCUAAUAUAAUCUCAAAUACAUAAAACAUGAUGCAGAGUUUAGUAAAGCUGCGUGUGGUGCCCAGCAGUGUUCAUCCAUUUGGGGAUACAGCUUGUUCCAUGUUAUUGUAGCAUAUUAUAACAAGUUGUGAGCGCCGCACACGCUGAGUGUGGAUAUUAAAUGCUUGUGAAAUCCCUCCACAAAGAGCUUUAAGAUAUUUACAACACCAAAGCAAUCACAUAUUCUAUGGACGGUAGACCUCUACAACACGUCUGAUGAUGCGGAGUGUGUAUUUCUUAUUCCGACAAAGUGAACGGUAUCCUUGGGGAUGGCUUCUCUUAGGGAGAAUGAGUGCCUUUUGUUAACUAAAGCCAAGUUACUGGAGAAUGUAUGCUUUUCUUCUCAUUCAUCAUGUACAUGUCAUGAGAGGGGCCUUCAAAAGGCAGCAGCUCCCAGCAGCAGUAAGUUUCUGCUUUUUUUUUUUUUUUUUUCUUCAUACGUGUACACGGUGAAAAAUAAGACUUGCGUGUCGAAAAUCAUCCAUUGUGGUGUGUGAGAGGCGUCUGCGUGUGAUCUCCCCUGCACUCGAGACGACAGGCUCUGUGAAGUGCGCCACUGCCCAGUUACACAUUAGCUUUGAUUACCAGUUUGUUCUAUACGCAGCCUGUAGCUUUGAACCGCAUCUCAAGAUGAAAGCCAACCUUGUCCACAGUGUGUCCACUGUAGACCGCUGCUGUUGCUUAUUUGCUUCAGGCAUCAUCAAGGGCUCCGGGACUAUUUUCUUCUAUAGUUCUGUACCAUGCUGGGGCGAGCAUUAUGUAUAAUUUAUCAUACAAUACAAUCCCAGACAGCACCCUGUCUCCACUCCAUUUUAAUUUAAUGCUUCUUCUUUCUUUCUUUUUUUCUUUCUUUCCCUCUCCAUCUUGUGAUAAUUGUGGUCAUAUGAUUCCACUAAGGUGUGUGUUUGUGGGUGUCCUGCAGAAAGACUUUAAAGUUGCUGUUUCUCAAAAUGAAAGCAUCAACCAUUAGUGCUUAUUUCUCUCUCUCUCUCUCCCUCACUCUUCCCUCUUGAAUUCAAGGCUAUAGAUGCAGCGUUGGACUGCAGAGGGCCAGACAUCCUCUCUCUCUCUCUCUCUCUUUUCUGUCUCCAGCAGCCAGCUGCUCAUGUAUAAGAUGAAACAGUGUUAUAAACCAAAUAAAAAUGUCUUGCCUCUUGACAGCCCCACCGUGAAUAUAUGGCCUCUUAUUUCAGUGAAUAUAUUGCAUAAUUAUGUAUGGUUAUGAAUAUUGCAUGGAGUCCCACACUGAGUGCAUGGUAAGAUGCCUAAUUGCAGAGUUUAAUUAUUAAGAAGCAAAGGUCCUGAGCGGGUUUUGUGAGAAGCACUUUUGAUAAAUUAUUUUUUGCAGUUUUCUGAUGAAUUAUUUUGGGGGGCUUGUGUCUAAUCAGCAGGCGUAGUGGACGGCGUAACUGCUCUUGAGAGAGACUUAUCUUUCCAUGGAGGGGAAUUACUAUGCUGAUUAAAUCCACUGAAAUCAACUAAUAACUUAAUGAUAUUGGAGUGGAUCAAAAGAAUGAAUCAUGGCCUCUCAUAGUGGUGGCUGUGAAGAACACAAGGGUGCAAUGAUGGCGAGAAUGAGGGCUGUUGCCGUUGACCUCGGGGCACAGCUUUAAUAUUUCUGGGUAACACAAGGGAGGCGGAAUUAGAACAUGUGAUGGUAUGAACUAAAGCAAACCCCAGCACCUCGUAUUAAACAUAGCAUUGAAUUGCUUUACUUUAUACUUCAUAUGAAGCACUUCAAGGAAAAAGUCCAGAGAGGCUGACUAAACAAGGAAUAAUAAACUAGAUCUCCCUCAAGUACUGCCAAAGCCACUAGACACAGCUGCUUGUAUAACUACAGUACUGCUGCUACAGCCUCUCUUCCUGUCAGUGAGGCGCCCACACAAAAACAUUUCUCCCUAGUUAUGUAUUCAGUUCAAGUGCACUUAAUAUGCAGGAAAAGUUUAAGGCUUGACCUCGCUUUUGAGUCAAAAGAAAUUUGAAAAUGAAUAAAACAAGCUUCUCAGCGUGUAGCUCUGAAUAUAGAGCCGGCUCACAUGAUGUAUUCUUUCAUAAAAGCUAAUCGCUGUAAUACAGACAAUAAGAAUCAUUGACCCACUUAAUUGCAACUCUAUGUUGUGUGUCACGGUGAAGCUAAGUUCACCACAACUGUAGGAUCAAAUGCAGGGUAAUAGCCGGGCCCCCCUCCUACAAAAUGCAUGUCAGUCUGGCACUCAUGAAAACGCUUUCGAGCUGCUUUUCGCAAGCCAGCACAAAUAUGUGAAUAAUUGAAUGAUAUUGAUGCAAGGAUCACCUCGGUGUAUCCAGUAGUUGUUUGGUUAAGAAGUCUCCUGUGGAGGGUAGGAGCCUGGCCAUCUGUCAAUAACACGUCACAUGUCUCACACGGCGGGCACUCUGACCAGCUCAAACGCUUCAGUGAGCAGCUGAACAAUUGUUCUCAACAUGAUGUUAAAUCAGCGAUUCUGCACCGAGAGCCGAAGUGUUGCAGGUCGGUUUCUGUCACUGUUCCAUUGAGCAGUCUGGAAAUAAUAGCCACGUACUAAUUCUGCUCUCUUGCUGGGAUACAAUUGCAGUGAUUAUAAAUGAUGGAUUAUAUAGCUGAGUGCAGCACUUGAAUUAAUAGUUGAUGAAAAGUAUAUACAUAGUAGAUGCUGCCCUUUUAACCUGUUCCCAGUUCAAUAAACUACAAAAACCUCUUUGGAAAAAUGCUUCAGAUGCAAGAUGUGAAAACAUGUGAGACUCAGGCUGGAAAACGCAGUCCCUUGUUUGGCCACUGGAGGCUGGCUCAAAAAGUAAACAAACCUGUGUUAGACCCCUUUUAAAAAGACAGACAGAAAUAAACAUGUAAAAACAAAAUAAAUCUUUUGGUAGCUGAAGUUCUCUUUAAUUCUCAGGACAGCUGGACAGGGGAUACACUCAUAUCAAGCAAACCCGGCCUGUUUGAAUUGUAUUGUUGCUAAAAGUGCUGCAUAAUCACAGACUUGUGCUGUGUCUGAAUUAAAGUUUCAUCGUGCUAUUCAAACUAGUAUGGCAUCAUAUUGAGAGUCUGUGCAACUGGGUGGGACCACAUGGCCCGCCUUCACACCCCAUACACUCCGGUGAGCCUUGGCCAUCCAUGACUGUUGCAGGUCCUCUAGCUUUUUUCACAAUGCCAACAAAUUCCCUAUACUUAGUCUUAAUCACACAAUAAUGUAAGCUACUCCAAGCUAUUGUGCAGUUUUUACUUUUUAUGACUUAUUUUAGGUUCAGUGCCUUGCUCAAAGGCAAAUAGUGGCUGCUAUUGGGGUUUGAAAGGACCCUCCAGUCGCAUGCUGAUUUGAACAAAGUGCCUAUGAACUUUCAUAUGUUGUGUAAGCGAAAUGAAAAUUGCCAAAGGUCAUUUUAUACAGAGGCUCCACAUGCCUCGAGUCCCAUAUUGAGCCUCCUUGCUCAUGAGAUGGACAGGUGGUGUUAUAAAAAGACCUUUUAACCACAUACAUCAUCAGGAGGCCACUUUUCCAUUCUCUCUCUCUCUUUCUCUCUCUCCCCACUGUCUGAAGCUAAUGGCUGGAAGCACAGCUAAAAGCUCUCAGUGUGAUAAGGUAAUGUGGAGUCGGACAGACAGAAAGAGAGAGCGAGGGAGAGAGAGAGAGAAGGGGGAAGAGUGCCAUAUCAGAGGGGCCAUAUAUACUGAUUAUACAGUGACGAGGAAAUGGUCUAAAAAUAAAAACAAAUGGAGAAUGCGAGAUGAUAUCACUGCACUCAGAUUGCUGACUGCAGUGUUUGGAGUCACAUCCAGAUGGUUAUGGAGCAGGAUGACUGUGGGAGCCAAGGCUUACUGCUGUCCUCUGGGCUGACCUUCCUGAUGUCAUGCCUGAUAGAGUCAAAGCACACAGUUAUUUAUUUUGCAAACACUGUACAUUUUACUGUAAUUAUUGAACAAAAGAUUUUAUUCCCAUAUGGUUCAUAGUACUGUGCCUUGUUAGAACAAGUUAAAUCCUAUGCAAAGUUUCCAUUUUGUGGGAUUUAAUGCCUAUUUUUGUUUCUGUUUGUGUGAUUGUUUCUUUUUUUUACCUGGAAAUGAUCACAGCUGUAUGAAAAAAAAAAAAAAAAAAACUAGCAUAUUGUGUUUGCGUAAUUUGUCCAGCCUUCACUAUCUGCAGAUGGUGCCACCAGUCUAGAUUACUGCUACACCAACUGCUCCCUUCACUCUUCUCUCACCUUGUCCUCGCUCCACACACGUGUUUGUGCACAAAUUUGUUUUUCACUCACUCUUUUCCUGCUUCCUGGCCUGUCCCCUCUCUCUCCCGUCCUUUCUCCCUCUCUCUCCCCCUCUUGUUCUCCUUUAUCUGCUCCCAGACUGGCUGUCCUUAGUAAGAUGGAUGUGUGCAUUCCCAGGGCAGAUGGCCCUGUUGUUACUUUGUGUACCCGGCUCACACUUUAACACCCGGCCCCCUUGUCUGGCCUGACGGGCCAUUGCCUGAGGAAAGAACUCUACUGCUAAACCGUGCAGCAAACAUGUGUGUUGUGCAGCUAACCGCAUGGGUGCUCACACCUUUUUUUUUCUUGUAAGGGAGUAGACUCCCGGACUGUGUGCCAAAUACACAGAUGGGUUCUUCCUUUAAGGAUCAUAUUAUCUUCCAACACGGAAGCUUUAAUACACAUAAAAUAUACAUUAAUUUACAUAUGGGGAUGUUGUUUAUGUGUUGUUAUGGAUACAUUUAAAGAUUUUAAUCUUUUUGUUUCCAGAGAAGAGCUCUCACCUGCUCUCUUGAGACUAUGAAGAGUUGGCACUACAGCCAUUAAAAGAGGAAAGACGUGAUUCCGAUUUGCUUUAGCAAACAAAGUACUGUCACCUAGGAGGAAAAACAGAGGAAUUACAGUUUGAGCGAUAAUAUUUUCAAGAAGCACAGAGUAACAUUUAAGAUUUGCCGUUGAAGAUUUUGGAAAGUUUGUCAGGUUUUGGGUGGUAAUAAUGGUGUAACCGGUAUGUCCAUUGGUAAUACUUGUUUUUCUUCCUGUCAAUGUUCCAAAAUUUGAUCAUUCAUGAUCCUUUAAAGGAAGCAGGUUUGAGUUGGAAAACAGUGUCCUACAGUGUCAGUGUCCUACAUAUUUAACAUGCAUUUCAUCUCCAAAACUUUCCUGGAUCUCUAUUUCUGUAAAGUUUCACACGUGGAUUUAGUUAGGUACUCAUGUGCUUAGUAUGCUUUUGUUUAGUCUGCUGCUCGAAGGACAGAUGUGAAUGGGUGUUCUUUGAUGCCAGGACAUUGUACUUGAUUAUUAGCACAUCUGCCAUGCCUUUUUGAACAUUCAGAUUAACUAAAUGGAACUUCCUGUUGAAUAUUACUGACUAAUUCACCACAUGUCUCAUUCAAUUACAGCACAAGUAUCCUGAUCGCCUUUUAAGAAUGGCUAGUGUGUUGCAUGCAUGUUCUGCAUGUGUUCAGUUCCUUCUUUCUACCUCCUACCAAUGCUGAUUUGUCACCAUUUUACACGAUGGCGACCUGUGCCUUUUUGAUUGAUUCGUUCCAUUUCAUUGCCAUGAUAAACUUUUAUAACAGCUAUCAUUUACAGGCAGCAUGUGUGGACCUCUUUAGGAGAUCUGUGCUUGAUUUCUUCGCAGUGAUCUAAGUAUGAUAAAUCACCGGCUACACAUAAAUUUUAUCAGUGAUAUCACACGCCGCGUAGGCCUUUAGUGCGCAUGUAUGUAAAUCCAGCGAGGGAUGUUCAGCUUUGUGGAAUUGCAGUCUUUGUCUACCCUCCAACCAUACAAUUUCUUUCAUUUCAAUCUCAGCACGCAAGUGGAAUAUUGUCUCCUAGCUGCUUCUAUCAUAUGUAAUGAAUGUGCUGCCCCAAAGGUGGGAGCCAUAAUUGAUUAAAAAGCAUAAUGUUUUUCCAUGCCUUGGUGUAGUCUGUGAUAAGGAUAUCUGUGAUGUGUUCCUGUGUAUGUAUAUGAAGGUGUCCUGAGUGUGUGUUUGUGCAUGUUUGGACGGGACAUCAAAGCCGUGUUAGCCGUGGCUCUAUUUCAUCCCGGCUAAUGAAGAAGCUGUGAGUGUGCUUCUGGGUCACAGUGGGAACACGCACUGCGAGGUCACUUCAAAGGCGGGAUAAUGACGGAUUAAGUCUAAAUCACGGCCGCGCUUUAGUCGCUGUCUCACAUCUAGCCUGUCGCUUUGCAUUUUAUUAACAAAUCAUGGCAAUAUGAUCUGGUAAAAAUGUGCCCGCCUUAAUUUCGCUUGUCCAUCUUACUCCGCACAAAUCCUCUACAUCCAGAUUAGCGGAUCAUUGGUGGGCAGAGUGGUGGGCCUUUUAUAAACCCUUGAUGGCGAUGAAAUAUUCUUUCAUUACUCUCCUAAUAUCUCCUUGUGUAUUCAUGUUUUAAUGCGCUGCUCUCUCUGCAGUUCCUUAUUGCUUUUUGUCAUGUCCAUCACAUUGAUACAGCUUUUCAGUUAAAACGGCCUUAAAGCUUCAGAGCAAGCAAGACUCAUAAAGCGCCAACCCUUUAAAGUACACAUGAGCUAAAAAAGGAGACACUGCCUGAUAAUCAAACUUCUAGCCCUCUUAUGUGUCAGAGGAUGGUGCAUAAAAAUACUGUUUCCUUACAGUUCAUUUUACUCAGUGCAUAACUCUCAAGACCUUUAACCUCACACCUGCUGCAUAUGGAGAGGUACAGGUUUGCAGGAAGCACCUAGGGGGAGUCUAAUUGCACCUCAAGUGAUUUUUCCUCGCGUAGACUGUCCAAGAGCUCUUGAAUACUCUGAUACACUCGUCAACAACACAUCCCAGCUGUUAUAAUCAAGAGGACUUACUGCUGGCAGACUACCCAGGAUCCUUAUAGUUGUGAUGGAGAGGUGAAACAUUUGGAGAUAUUUGAUAAAGUUCAGCAAAAGUUCAGGUGAAAUAAAUGGUACAGUUUGUGAAACAUUGAUUAAAUCUCUGAAAACUUGGGAAUAGAUCUAAUGAAGUUCUCAGUAACAUUUUAGUUCGAUGGUUAUUCUGAUACAGUCUACAUUAAGAAUCCAGAGAUAUGUGUAACCUUUUAGCACAAUUUAGAGACGACUUUAAAAUGACUAACUACUUUAAAAACAUAUGAAAGCUAAGGUCCUUACACACCGGGAGCGUUUUUUUCGUGCAAUUAUUUCGGACGUCAAAUUUUUUUUUAACUCGUAUCCUGUCAAUACAAGCGUUCACAUCAGCGACGUUCUCCCGUCCUGCGAUAUUGCAGCAUUUAUUUUUUGUAUCACGGUAGAAUUUUCUAAGUUUCGCAUACUGUGUGUCCACUUCUGACCAAUCAGACUUCCUGUUGUUGCUAUGUCAGAUUCACUGGUAUAUCCAACAUGGCCGACCGGCUGAUUGUUUACAUGUCAGAGAACAGAGUGCUCUCUGAUAAAAAACACAAAUAUUACAAAGAUAACGACCUGAAGGACAACUUGUGGAGAGUCAUAGCGUCGGAUUUCUCAUAUGACGAUAGUUUGUGUGCUUUAACAGUUUGCUAAACGUCUUUGUUUUAACUUUAAUCUGUGCUAAGUAACUUUAGCUCGUAAGCUUACCUGUUCAGAUACAACAUACCAUAUGUAUUUUCACUGUCUCAAACUCAAUCGGGUUGCUGUCACAGCACCAUUAGGUCUAAACCUUACGUUUAUGGAUUAAAGUUUAAUGUGCUUAUCUGGUACUGGCCCCGACUCAGUACAUGCUAUCAUUACAGACAGACAUCUCAACACUAGUGUCUAAUCAGAAGUGAAAAACAGUCAGUCUGCUGUUGUGUCAGUCUUCUUGCUUCCACCCAGGACGCAUCUUUUUUUCUCCCCGGAAAGUCGCAAAAUUGCAUUGCGCUUGAUGUGUAUAGUCAGGCGCGUCAAAAUUCGCCUCCGAAUAUUUUGUAAUUUCAUGUCGUAUAUUUGCAUCAUUCCUGGUGUGUAAGGACCUUUAGUUUAAAAAGUCCAUAACCAAAAACAAAUCUAUUUGAAUGCUUUAAAUUUUGUGCACAUGAGCUGACUGAGAAGCAAAUUGAUCUCAAACUUUACCUCUAGAAUGUUAUGGUGCUUCAUUUCUCCGUAUAAUAUCAUUAUUAAUUGAUCACAGAUGUGUUUUUGGUCAUGCCAAAACACAAAUUUGAAAACAUCAUUCUGUCCUGGUAAAUUCUUGUGGGCAUUUUUCACAAUUUUUCUGUCAUUUUUCCAGGGUAAGCAUAUGCUCAAUUGGCUGUGAAAAUAAUCUACACAUUAACGGAUGAUGAAAAUAAUCAUUAGUCUUAGCCUUAAUCCAGGCUCCCCUGGAUGUUAAUGUACACAUUCCUGCAAAAUUAAUUCGCUCAAUACAUACACAUUACCCAGUAUACUGUACAAACAUUAAUAAGAUAUACUGUAUAAAUGUUGAAGUGAAUGCUUAGUGGAGGAUUAUUGGCUGAAUCUGGGUUGCCCAGCUCUUGUCCGGUGAGCCUCAUUUGUUGGAGCUCUGUGGCAGCUCCCAUUUCACCUGGGUUCUCCCAUGUUUAAUUGGCCUCAUUAUGUGAUUAACUUGGCAAAUUUACCCCUCACCCUUAAGGCACAGCUUUGAACACUGGCAGACCACAGACCUUACCAAAGUCACUCCAUCACUGAAACCACAAUGUCAGCAUUUAAGGCCAGCCAUCACAGUCAAUGGGGAAGUUUUCUAUUUCCCACUGAGAUGCAUGUUUGCCUAUAUUAACCUCUACACCUUUGACACAACACACCGCUCAUAAAAAUGUAGUAAUUCAUUCUGGAGUGAUAAGUAAUAUAUCAUUGUUUCCUUAGAAAUGCUCUGUAUGCAUAUUAUGUUGCUUAUCAUGCUGUAUAUGCUUAGCUUGAUUUCUGCAAGCUCUGUAUACUUGUAUUCUCAUCUAUUAUGUAUGACCUGUUUUAUAUCAUUUAGACGAUGUUUACAUUCAGACCUUUGACCCACAAUCCCACAGAGCAGGAAGUUUAAACAUGGAACAUAAAUCUGUUUAAUUUCAGGGUGUAAAAAUUGCAGGUCUUAUCAAUUUGCAAAAAUUGCAGGUCUUAUUGCACUCUUUUCACUUUUGUUUAUUAGGUUGAGCACAAUGUUGGAGGUAGUGUACAAGAAACAGCUCAUCCUCAUAACUAAACAGCAAAAUAUUCUGUCUUCACUGACAUCAGUGAAGAUAAACAUGAAAUUUUUAGACAACCUGCAACAAACAUGCCUGAUAAACUGACUACUUUAAGAUGGGAAUUCAAGUUUUUUACAGUCAAGGUAGCCUAAGUCGAUGAAGGCUAAUUCAAUUAAGGCUACGUUUAUGCAGGCUUAAGGUAGGUUAUGCAAUGUUGGCGGAUCACAGCGUUAAGUCAUGCUAUAUUGAGUCCUGCUGAGUUAAGACAGGCUUCACUGAAUAAUUCAAUGUUCAGUCACAUUAUGUUGAAUCAUGUUGUGUUAAGUCACGCUAUGUUGAAUUACGUUGCGUAGAAAAACUACAUGAAAUUUUGCUGUGUUGAAUUACGCUAUGUUGAGUUAUGCUACAUUACACUGCUUCGCUCUAUCUCAGUACUGGACCAGUGUCAUAAGUUGUUCUCCCCACCAGUCAAGUACACCAAAACAUAGGAAAAUAUGGCCCAUGUUGAAAAUGCUGAAGUUCCCUUUUAAAGAAUCUUACAUUCCGUCAAGCUUUAUUCAAGCCAAGUUACGUCGCUUGGUUAUGCCGUUGUUCAGUUUUGCUACAAGAACUCUGCUUUCUUUAAAUCAAGCAAUUCAAGUCAUGGAACUUCAAGUUGGGCUGAUUAAAUUUUUUCCUAGUUUAAGUUUCAAGCUAUGCGUAACUGAAUCAAUAUUGACUUUGGGUUGAGCCAGGACCUAAAAUGAGGUCUACACGGGGGAAAUUCUGAUAAAUGACCUAUCGUUUAACCCCUCCCUCCCACCUCUUCUCAUUCUGUGAACAUCAGUACCUGACUUCAUCUUUUGCUCCCGUUGUAACUCCUACAGCCACUAGAGGAUGUUAUCUUACUACCAAUAUGAAUAUUGGUUGUAAUAAGCUGCUUUCACAUUUUCCUGUCCAAUCUAAAACACAAAAACAAAAAAUCUAAUAUUGUGAAAGCUCUACUUGUGUGUUUGCAGGUUCAUAGAUAUUGGUUUCAUUUCGCUGAUGUCCUGGGAGAAUAGUAUGGAAAAUGAAAAGAAGAUGAAAAACAAAGUCUGUGAUGUUAAUCUAUCCUGUCAUCACUGAGCUCUCACAGGACCUCUGUGGACUCUUUGACAGUCAGAUGAAAUGGUCUGUAAAGUGCCAAUUUUACCAGACCACUUGUUAUUUGCCAGGAAACUCAUGGGUUCACUUCCUUGCUUAAUAACCAAUGGCGGUAGAGAUGGUGAAGGGGGGUAAAGCGUGUGUCCAUGUCCGUGCAGGAGGGGGGAGCAGUAGAGGAUAGGCAUGAGGGUAGAAGAGAAGUUUACAAAUGGGAUCCAUCAUUUUUCAUGCACAGAGGUGACAUCCCUCUGUCAGCCAAUUUUGCACCGAUAGCCCAGUCCCUUGCUUCAUUGAUAUCUGCAUUAGGGACCUUUGUUAAAGGUCUCAUCUAAAUGCAUUGAAAAACGCCCUGCUCCCUCUGUGUACCUCCUACUGUUAAAAGUGUGAGCGUUCAUGCAUGUUGCUUGUGCAAAGAUUUGCCGACUUGGCUUUGUCUACAUUAAGGUUAGUCUCCGUGACUCCGGAUUGUCACUGAACCUGGGAAGGAAAAAAAAAAAAAAAAAAAAAAAAACAGCAAGGGAGAAAACCAUCAACAACGCCACAACAAAAGCCAACUCUCGCUGUGAGAGCUUGGAGUGUUUUCUCACUGAGUAACUCUUUGGUGGCUCCUCGUGAUAGCUACAUAAUGAAUUAAAUAAAUCUAUCCAAAUUAGCAGCAAAGAAUGGAAUGUGACCUCUGAACUCAUUUCAAGAAUAGGGCAGUAUUUCAAAUUGAUAUAAAUAUGACAGUGGCUUCUGUAUGAAGUUGGUUGGAGUAGGCCCAUUAACCAAAACACUUCAUAUCCACUUCAUUUAAUUCCACUAAAAACACCACCCUUCAUGCCCUGCUCUUGUCCGCUCCUGCAGUUCAAACCAACCUGACUGUACAUCCCUUGCUACUAUUAAGAAGAUUUAAUUUGCUAUUCCUGUCUGUCUUUUUACACAGAGCCAUGCUGUGAUAUAGCAGAGGUGCUGAGGGGCUAAUGUCGCUGUCAAUCCCCCCAUCCCCUCAGCUACAAUCUCACGGCUUAAUUUCCACGCAGAUCCAAGCACCCUCAAGCUUUGAGAGGUCUCAUUCGCGCACUUGAAUCAAAAUUGCCCCAAACUCUCUUGUCCAGUAAUUUCACAACACUUUGGUGAUAGGCAGAGUUGCACUUUGAGCAAUUUUAGCAGGUGCGCCUUCAUUUUUGGUUCAUGAACUUUCGAGUGGAUGGCGAGCUCCACACCCAGCCAAUCAAGAAUUUCAUUAAUAUAUUUAGAGUAGAUGUAUGUCGAGCAUUUCAUUUGCAGCUUUGAGGUAGUUAGGCGAUAUCUCCUGGCACUUUUAAUAAGAUAUAUUAAGGAUCGUAAUUAAUAAACUUGAUAAUCGAAAUUGACUAAUAAUUUGGUGCUUGAGGACAUCCCUGCUGUAGGGUCCCAUAGGGAUCCCAUUAAAAGUCCUACCAACUAUAAUCUAUAGUUGUGUGGUUUUGCUAUAUGGUUCGGCUAUGCUGCCUUUUCAGCAAUAUUGAAAUCCACUUUCAAAUGACUUUGGGAUGAAAAAUUUACGUUUUAAGUUUAUAGACCUUGUGGUAUCACACAAUAACUGCUGCGACCUGAUGGUAGUGUGUCCCAGAAUGUUUACAAGGAGAAUUGCACUGGGAGUAUCUGUCACAGCCUUGCCUGUCACCAGUCUGAAGAGGAAAUGUGAGUGUUUGACACAUGCUAUUACUGUUUUGUUGUUGUCCCAUUUUCUGACAUGGUUCCAGGGAUGACAGGUUCACACGGAAGUUCUUUUAAAGUCAGAGCUGUGCGGUUUCUUCAAGUUGAAUUAAAGUCUGAUUAAUACCACAGAGGCCUUGACCCUUCCUUGAAUAAUACUCUGGAGGCAGCAGUUCCCAUUCUUAAUGCUUAUGAUGACGUGGUCUCUUUCAAAUAAACUUAAUACCCCCGUACUCCUUUAUCAUGUGAGGCGGAAAUGUCAGCGCCAACUCAAACAGGGCUCAGCCAAACCUCCCAAACAUGCUGAGAUUGGAUGUGAAAUCAGUGCAAGGGUCACUGACAAAAGAAAUUGGGUUUUAUGCAGAGCGUGCCUCAAUACACAACACUCCCAAACCAAAGGUAAAAGCGAAAGCCCUCACCGGCUUUUUUCGACCCAUCAUUAUUUCUCAUAAAUCCCAAACUAGCCAGGACCAGUGCCUUUGACAGCAUGACUGAUGAGUUUGCCGUCGUGAAUGUCAAGAGAAAUGGUCUCCCGCACCUUAUCUCCCCUAUUUCUCAUUGUGAGUGAGACUUGGGGGUUUUUAUGGAGAAAAGCCACGGCUGUUGUGAUGAGCAUUACCCAGUGAUAAUGAAGGGCAUGCUGCUGUACUGUAGCCUCUACAGACAGACAGGCAUGGGAAGCAGGGAGGCUGCUCGGAGACAUUGUCCAUUCAUGCGUUCAUGUGCCCUUAUGUCUUUAUCUGGAGACCGGGAUAAAUGAGCAUAUUUAUAUAUUUACACCGUGUCAGCUCUGUGAUUGCCUUAUCUACUGCUGCCUUCAUUCACAGAGGAAAAUGUCAAGAGGUAAUCAAGUCAAAUGUGCCUUUUGUCAAUGCUAUUCAUAGAUCUCAAAUCGUAGAUUGAAAAUAUUUGGGUGAUGUGUCUGUGAAGUGCUCUUUUCUGACAUAUUUGAUUUGAAUGGAGAUGUUUCCAUUCUGUUUGAUUAUUCAUACAAUCCACCUUUAAAACCACAUAUAGCUCCAUACAUAAUGGAAAAAAAUAGAAACCAUACAUUCUUAAUGUUUGGGUUUUUCACUCUGAGAGUCUUACUGCUCAUUGAACAAUUACAGCUUGUUUGAGUGCAGUAGGAAAUUUGAGCAAACCUCACAAGUCAAGUAUGGAUUUUUCUCAACUCAGCUCAUGUUUUUGAAGGAAGAGAGGAGAAAAAAAAACCUGCUCUCUGAUUUGAUGAGGCUGCUUUCUAGUCCCACAAGUGAGCCACGUAUCCCACUGAGGCCAACGUUAAGGGGCUUUUAGUGAUCCUGCCUGUAACUUGGCAUGCAAACCUGCCAGUACAGACAGAGGAUAAUGAGCUCGGACCCAGGUCUGUGAGGCAGGAAGCUGCAUAUUUAUGAUGGCUUAAAGAAGCAUUUAUUGCUUAGUUUCCGUCAGAACAUGGUCUGCAGAGACCUGACAGCUUUCCUUAGAGAUUAGUCUCAGAUACCCCCUGUAAGGUGGUAGUCUGGCACGCUUGCUUUUCCUACUUAUCUGCUCUCUCUGUCUUUUUUCAUGUUUUUUCUGUAUCUUUUCUUCCACUCACUCAAAUCUCGACUUCUACCCACCCUCCCCCCCAUCUUCACUCUACAUCUUUUCCCCUUCUUCCUCCAGCCCUCUCAUGGAAGUUCUCUCCACUUUGUGUCACUGCAUGUCCUCUGCUUCCACUGAUACAAAUCAGGGUGAAAACAUAUUUGUUUACUGUGAAGAAGAGAGCGAGAGGGAAAGAGAAACGGCGCUGUGCUAAAUGUCAAGGAUGAUGAGGUGGGUCAGGCUGGCAGCGCGGUUGCGAUUACGGCUGUCUUCGCGCGGCAUCAUCACAAACUCUGACAACCUGCACAAUUUAUGCUUGGGAAGGCUAAGUCUUUCAGUUUCCGCUGUUUCACCAAGAAAUUAAAUUCACAUGUUAUCUUUGAGAACAUCCUUCCUCUUUUUUUCCCCUCCAAUAGCGGUGUCAGGAGUAAAGCAAUGUGUGGUGUCAAACUGCACUGCUCAAACCAAAGAGUAAUGGAUUCUGGCAUAAGGAAUCAUUUCUGUCUUUCUGGGCAAAGCCACACAAGCACACUUAUCUUCCCACCGUUGAUGUCUGUUUCCUUCAAUAAUUUUUCAUGUAUAGGUGCUUAUAGCAUUUAUAAAUACUUAAGAAAAGUUUGCUAUCAUUUUUUAAUGACUUUUAAACGCAGAAAAGCGGGCAGGUUGUCAACUGUUGGGCCUGCGAUAUGACAAGCUUGAAUGUGCUCCUGCCUCCUCCUCAUGCCUGUAUGUUUGCUGAGCGCCUUGUGUAUGAGCUAUAUGAUUCUUUCAUGAGCUGUGGUGGUGGCUGGCUUUUUCAUAGGCGUGCUCUCAUUGAGCACUUAAUCAAUACCUGUCAUCUUGAACUCAUCCUCUAAAGUGGGCCUCUGUUCUUUGUCUGCCCUGUAAUCUAUCUCCAUAGAGCUAUUUGAAUUUGUAUUACACACUAAGAGGACCUUCUUCACUAUCAGAAGACUUAACAGAUUGUUUAAGGACCCUCAGUACGUAUUUUCAUAAGCACAAGACCCGCUUUAUAAAAAUCUAUACAAGGGGCCUGAGGACCCGGUGCACAGUGGCAAGCAGGGUAAGCCGGGAACGUGCAGGGAAUCAUAGAUUUGGAGGAAGGCAAUUUCAGCUUCUUGGUUUUUCUGAUUGUUUUGUUAAAGCUGGUUUUAUUGCUGUUGCUCAGCUCUUCUGUCUGUCUAUUUGCUCUGGGUUUAGGGAGUCACCAAAGGUAAUUUAUAGUAUUUCCCCCCCUAGGAGAGUAUUUGAUAAGGCACUUCUAAAGCCGCCUGGCUACGGGCUUGAAAAAGGGGCAUGAGCAUGGUUUUUAAAUCAGUGGCAGUUUCUUGUGAUUGUACUUUUGUGAGUCUAUCUGUAGUAAAGACUGAUAGCACUCUGGGUGCAAUGGCAGAGCAGAUGUAGUUUGUGAGUUUAUCUGAAGUAAACAUUGAUAGUAUUGGAAGCACAAAGGCUUUUUUGCAUUUAAGUGCUUUUUUUUUUAGUCCAACUCCUAUGGUUCCAGUCCUGCAGCUCAGCUUUCUCAGAGACAAAUGUGCAGUGAUCCAUGCUCUUAACACAGUUAAGAAAAUAGUUUUCGAAAAUUGGACCUUGAAGAAUUCAGAGUGGGUGAGUAAUUGGAGGUCAAUGAAAAGCAAUGCUCCACGACAAAGCUGAACCCGCAGAGAGAAAGAGAGAGGAAGAGAUGAGGAGAGAGAGAGAGAAGCCAGCAGAGUGUCAAUCAGUCUGCAUUUUGCCCGCAUUGCCCCUUAAUUUAAUCACUGUUUAAUUACUGCUGUCCCCUGAGGGCUGCUCUGUUAGGUUCAGUUACUGAGCUUUCCCUUCCUCUGCCUCCGUCUCUGGGUGCGUAUUUAGCCCUUGGACACUUGCUCUAAAGCGGGCCACUCUCUCAGAAGCCUCAGCAGUAUUUCAACCUUACCUCGGGGCCCCUAGCACAAAUCUGCUGAUGAUAAUGUCAAGGGCAAGCACAUAUGCAUAUGAGCGAUGAAGCUGCCCUGCAGGAGGAAAGAGACAGCGCAAACACACAACUUUAUUCAUUGGAGGAUUGGAGCCUCUUGAAGAGCUAACUACUCAUCUGCUAUUACUCCAGUUUCUCCUGGUCUGCCCUUCUUCUAGUCAAAUCUGCACACUGGCUUAGACAUCAUAAGAAAUUAGACUUAGAAGAAGCUUUCUUUGCUUCAUACAGGGUGUGUGUAAACCUUUCUCUUUCUGUACAACACCAAAGAAGAGCAUUAUACUAAUAUGUACAAGCCUGUAUUGGUCCUUUCCCAAUUGGUUGUGCUCAUUCUUAUCUUAAUGUACGGUAUGUACAGUAUGUACCGUAUGUAAGAUGUAAGAUAGAGUUUAUUGUAAACCAGCCAGAUACAGAUAAGAUUGACUGACAUUUAUUCAUGGUUUUACAAUACAUGAAUAACUGUGCAUGAGUAUAUGUAGAUGACAGGAUUGAUAGUUAUGAUAAAGUUAUGAUCCUUCUUUAUGUGAUUGUGUUUCACAGGGAUAUCACACAGUGUUUGUUCUGACUCUUUAUGUCCAUUACAAGUUAGUCAGAGCAACAGCCUGGAAUAAGAAACUGUCUUUGUGUCAGAUAGGGGGGUUUCAGGACUGCUAAUAUUUAUAAGCUGUCAAAGUUUUUGACUGGUUGACUGGUCUUUUUCCAAGGAAGGUACAAAAAAAUGAUUCUGAUGAGGAAUCAAAAUUGUUUUCUGUAAUGAAAAUAGUUGAUGCAUCUCAUGCUGCUUGCUCAUAGCGCAACUUUUAGAGCUUAGAGCUGGAGCUUUCAACCACACAGCCAGCAAAGUCCAGCCCCCUUUCCUUUGGUGUUGACUGUUGCCUACAGCUAAAACUAGUGGUUAGAGUAGUCGGCUAGAUGAUUAGUCGGUGAAACCUCUUGUGUCGGGUUGUUUUGGCGUACAGGGACCUGUGUCAUCUGUCUGGAUUCACUGAGCUACUCCAACUAGAAACUCGACUUUUGAAAUACAGGUAAACAUGUUUGUCUAACUAAAUCCCACUAAAUUGAAUAGCUCAUAUAGGACGCUUACAUGUUGAUCAAAGAGUUGAUGUAUUGUCACUGAGUGAAACUGUACUUUUAAAGAUAUGUAAAGAAGUCAGGUAGUAAACAAAAACCUUGACAGACGAAGAGAGGUUGUAAAAAGUACGAAACUUAUUGUACAAACAAACAGUACAGGGCUUUAAAUGUGAGAGUUUCAUCAUUCACUGUACAUCUCAUUAGCCUCCCAAAGUGUUGUAUGCUGAUUGUUUUGAUACGUAAUAGGCCUACCAGGAAUGAAAACAAGCUGAAAAGGGGUCAUGUUGUCACCUACUGUAGCAGAGGUCUUCUCUGGAAGUCUCAAAAGUCUUGAUCACACUGAGGGACCAGCUGAUCCCUCUCUCACAUACAUGCAGACAAACUCUCUUGAUGCCGGUCAUUCCUUUGAUUUCGUUUAAUAAGAUGUAUCAGAAAAUUUCUAUCCAACCUCCGUCAACAAACUAUAGCCUUGAAAGUUGUCUUGUUGUCUUUAUGCACACAGAUUUGAGAAACUUCCAUUCAUACUUACUACAAAUUUGCAGCAGGAUGUGAAUAAUUUGACCAAUUUUUUAACAAGUACUACAUUAAUUAACAAGCAUUGUUAAACUACAUAACAAGAGUUGUUUUAUAAGAAAGUUAAAUUAUGUCUGUUUGGGAAAAACACCCAGGAAACUGUGAAAACUUCCUUUUUUAGUGUGGCUUAAAGACCCACUCUGAUGAAAAUCGUGUUUUUCUUGGCAUUUUUGUGAUGCAACAGGACAUAUGAGAAAAUUAAAUGCGUAAUUGCUUUUCUGAGUAUUUCUUCAUUCAAAUCGCUGUGAAUCUCUGGCAGACCCAAACAGCAGGUUCAGAAACAGUGAGAUUUCCUACGUAAUCAAUCCAAGCUCCGCCCCCGGAGCCCUGCUAUACAGACCAGACUACAGACCAGACAGACGUGGGAUUGCAAUGCUCGUAAGAAAGCUAAUUAUGAUAUUAGCUUUCAUCAUGUCCCCAAAGACAUUAGUGUCCGAGAGUUGAAUAGCUCCUAUGUUACCUGCCACUUCUACUACACUGGAAAUGUUGGACUCCAAGCUAACAUGAAGAUGAGUGUGUGCCCAUGACUCAGAGGCGAAUUGCUAAUGGUCUACUGGAGCUUUGCAGAAGAAAAGCCUUUGAAAAUGACACAGGUAAUGCGAUUUUUGGUAAAAACUUCAUAAUAACAAUUUAAAGACCACUGAGAACACUUUAAAGAAGUUGAAAGUGGGAUCCCAUCUUGAGUGGGACUCAAGAUGGGAUCCUAAUCAGCCAAUGACAGAAGUGUUGCUAAAGCUAGCAGAGCUUGCACUACCAGUUUUCAGUCCCCCUUGCAAGACUAUAUACCUGUGCUGGUUUAACAUUGCUCUGUUUAUGUGGUUAUAUGCUGGUUCAACUAGACACAGCCCAAUAACAACUUUACCUCCAAUACUGCCAAACUACGCCACCCCACAAGAUGCCCUCUGGAUAUUAUGUCCUUAAUGCAUUUUAAUACUGCCAGAGCUACAGCCCUAGUGAGUGGUAGGUGGCUGCACUUCAGCAGACAUGGCAUUCAAUUAGCGUUUUGGACCCACCGUAAUACAAAUAUAAUUAAUACAUUUGUUGUCUAGUAAUUCUGUUCCUGUGACAGUUAGUUAUCCAGUAAACCAAACAACCACGACCUGUUUCUGAGCACACCUCAGAAGUAAUUUGAGGUGAUUUUUUUCUGCAGCUGUGGUCUUAACUCACCUUCAGAAGUCACUGCCAAGAGGUGGUCAGGUUUACAUAAAUGCUCCCUUGCAAUAUAUAAUGUGUACUGUCAUAUGAGUGGCCAAACACAGAGCACAUGUUGUGGUUUCUCUGGAUUACCCAGCAGCCCACCACCACAGAUCCUACACAGAAGAGUGCGUCAGGGGAAUAACUCACAUUUAGCUCUUAAGCUACAGCAAUCAAUAUAAAUUUAGCAUGGUAAUGAUCAGGUGCAGAGGGUAGACGUCUCCUGUGCCUCUCUCUCUCUCUCUCUUUUUUCCUGAUACGUGCCACAGCGCCUCAGCUCCCAGAGGCCCGUGGGUAACACAGCCAGGGCUUGGCGCUGCACGUCAAACCUCAGCUGAGGAUUACAGCGUGGGGGAAACAAACAAACAAGGCUGUCUCGGAGUCUUAGCGACAGGCCCAGGCAAUAGCCGGCGCUGGUAAUGAAGCCACUGACGGCACACACGUAUGCACACACAACCGCCCUCAACCCAGCACAGUUGCCUUCCUGAAGAAGCAGAGGUAUUUUAGAGCGUGUUAAGGAUAUAAUGGGACAAAUAGAGAUGAUGUGAUGAGGGGGUUGUGUGUGUGAACGUGUGUGAAUGCGUGUGACUGACUGAUAGAUGAGAUGCUGUCUCUCAGGAGAGUGUCCGUGAUGAUGACUAUCACCAAGGGAGGAGAGUUGAGACAGUUGUGGCUCCUGGGUAUUCAGAUUGGAGUGUUGACAGGUUUAUUAUUGAAGUUUGUGUUUUUUUCUCUCGCCGCACUUGUUCCUUCAGUGGACGAGAGGUGUCAAAGUGAUAGUCGCUGCAUUCUUCGUCUUCUUCUGUGGAUUCUCCUCUUGACAGACAACACGACUGCUGUUUCUCCAACCAGCUGGUGUCUUGCCACUCUGGCAACCGUUUCGAGAGACUCAUUCAGACAACAAUAAUGCAGAUUAAUCAAACAGGAAAACACUUAAUGAUUUCAGUCUUGAUUGGUGCUCAAAGUUGUAAAGAAUUUACACUGUAAGAUUCGCAAUCAAUGCCAAAACCGAAUCAAAGUUGGCCGGAGGAUCGUGCCAAAUGUAAUCCCUUUAAGCUUCCUCGCUGGCCUUGUUUAUGUCAAACAGGAUGCCUACAGCCAGAGAGCCAAGGCCGGUAAUGCAAUUGACGACCCGCUGCCUCUGACAUUAAUAAAGAUGGAACAUGUACAGGAAAUUAAACUCUCACUUUCCUAUUGUAAUGAGAUCUUAUCAAUCAUGGUGCUGUUUACCUCGCAAUCAGAUAAAAUGAUCAAAUUGGAGCUCAAUCAGGGCCUCGUGCAAUGCCAUCGCUGUAACCUGGCAGCAUUACUCUUCUAAAUGGAUGGCAAAGUGAAUGGGAUUUAAAUAAAGACUCUAUAUGUUAAUGGGCAAGGUUUAGCUCCCCUGGUGAUCCACUUCCUGCAGGGACCAUGGGGGGAUGGGGUUGGAGGGGUGCACAGAAGAUGAAUGUCAGUAGAGUGGUCUUGAGCUAUACACAUUUCUAAUCUUCUUCCUCCUGCUUUAAAAAAUGCAGGAAGGAGGAAAGUGAACAUGUUGACCUCAGUAAGCGUCUCAGGCGUCUCUGUGUCCUGGUUGGCCACAAGAGGGAAGUAGCUAGCUACUGAGACAGAACACUGGCCACAGGCUCAUAAUCACACUGAGGAGAUGUGAGAUAUAUUAACUAAAAGGUAUUAUCAUCUGCUUUACUUUCACAUAACACAGAGCAUUUUUUUUCCUAUUACAUGAGCCUAUGAUCUUUGGUAUAGGAGAGGGGGGCAUUAUGUACAAGGAGAUGAGGCGAUGCAAAAUUUAAUGGUAUUGGCUUUUACAGGUAAUAAGGGGGCACUGAUCAAAGGUUCACAAUACUCAAAGGCAGCUAGGUUGCACUCAGGAGGGGGACCAAGUGCUCUCCAGCUGGGCUCUGUAAAUUGCCAGAUCAGCUAAUCAGAAUUCAACUGGAAGAUGUAAGUUAGUGGAGCCUAAUUGGAGACAGAUUUAAGGGGCAUCCAUCUGGAUAUAGCAAUGCUCUCCUGCUCUUCUCCGUAAUUUCUGGUGAAUAUUAAUAAUGUUUCUUUUUUAUAUUAUAGUGUAUGUGUUGAGAGGAGAAAGGCAGGGGGAGGGUUUUCUAAACGAAGCUCCAAAUGUACAGGGUGAAAUUACUCAAAGGAUAUCUCAAGCGGACUAUCCAUUUACGUGCCCUCUUUGCUUCUCUUGAGCCUGUGAAGGGCGAUACUGGAGGAGCAGCAGCGCACUUGUGGAAAAACAGUGCAUGUGCGUAUCAGCACCUGCUCAACAUGGCUAUAUGAGCCAAUUAAACAAGUACGGGUGCAUGUUGUCCUCCUCGACUUGAUUAGAAUCACAAUCCCUGGCUGUGCGGUCCUGCUUGACCUGGCUCACUUUGAGUUUGAAUAUUUCCUGGAAAAAAGGUUGAGCUAAUGAAGCCACGGGCUGAUCAAGAAGUUGGCUGGCAUGGACGCAACUGCAGAUUGAUGAAGUCCCGGAGAUAAGAGCGGAUGAAUUUGCAUGAGACACUCAAAAAGAAUUAGUGGUACCAUAUGUAAUAUAGGCAGAGUAAAUGCUGUAGAAUUAAUGGAGGUCUUAUCGGUUGGCUGUACACAGUGUAAUGCACUACAGUAACCCUCAGUUUUAACAGUAUGCACUAGAACCAAAACAAAUAAAACACAGUACACUUUCUACUUAGCUGAUAGUUGUCCCAUUAAAGCCAGUUUAAGUAUCUUUAUCUCCAAUAAUGUAACAUAUUUCUGAGUGAAAUUGGAUAUUAAGGCAGGAUUUAGUCACAGGCAGGAUUUAUUUUAAACCCAUUAAAUGUGAUUGGAAAGCACAAAAACGUUUUCAUGGUCGGGAAAAUAAAGCCUGAUGUAAAGCUACAUAGAGAAUACGGGGCUGUGCAAAAGAAGCAUGUCAUUAGAAAUAAUAAAGUACACCCCAACCUCAUUAUUGGGAAAUGAAAGCAAUAAUAUAAUAAUAGAGGUCUGCAUGAUACAAACAAGCUGGUGUCAGUUUUGGUUUAAUACGAUGGUCAGUUUCACAUUGGAUUUGAUAAAUUUAAGAUAUAUCAAGACUAAUGAUCGAAAAGAUAUGUCACCUCUGCACACAGGAUCAUAUCCUUAUUUUAUUUAUAAGUUGAUACAAGAUAUUUCACAUCGUUGCUUGCAUGUACAAGAUAAUAAAUCAUUCCCAAAUGGUGUUAACUUGGGCGCACAAGUUAUACCAACUUUUCACACUUGAAACCCUUUUUCUCACUUUAUGUGGUAAAGGGAGUUUCUUUAGCCUUCAGACCACUCAAAGAGCUUUUACAUUACAUGUCACUUUUACCCAUUCACACCACAUCCACACACUGAUGGUAAAGGUUACUAUGUAAAUCGCACAUCAGUUUUUAUCUAAUCCCAUUCACACACCUCUAGGUUCAGGUUGGGGUCAAGUGGCUUACCCAAGGACACUUCAGCAUGUGGACAGGGGACCUGGGAUCAAACCUCUGACCUUCUGGUAGAGACGUGACCUACUCGGCCACCAAGCUAGAACUGCCUACAAGAAAGUAACUUAGUCCAACAAGAUGAUUGUCAAGAUAAAAAUCAUCACAUAGCAGCAGGUAGAACAUUUUUAAUUCACUGUCCUGAGUUGUUUAGCAGAAUCAUGCUGUUAAUGCAUAAAGCUGCCUCCCUUCCUGUGAUCUUUCCUCGCCACUUUACUUGGAUUCAAUCCUGUGACCCUUUGACAUCAUUUUUUUUUCAUUGUGCUGUACUAUACAGUGGAUCCCAGCCUCACAGUAAAAACACUAGGGCAAGGAACGUUGUCAAUAUAGCAUUCACAACUGCUGUUAUUUCCCCCAGGAGCGGGAAUCAGACAUUUGAAACCGUCCUCGAGGGACACAUUUCCACAACAGAGCGGUCCAAACUGCUAACUCAAACCUGGAUGUCACACAGCUGCAUUUAACAGACUUUAAAAGGGGGAAAAGAGGAUGGUUCAAAUCAAUAGAUGGGUAGAUUCAAUCAGUUGUUAAUAUCUUUUCUUUUUCUUGUACAAAAUGAGUGUAAUUUGAAGGGAUUAUAAUAACAUGAGUUUAUAAACAAAAUCCUGUGGUCACUCGAAAUAUCCGAUACCCAUUAUUUUAACUGUCGGUGCUUUUUCUGUAAUGUAUUGUGGCGUUAUUUAGAGAGAACGAUAAACCCACAAAGCUGUCAUCAUCCUGGUGAUUCCAUUUAAGCUAUGAUUACUGUCCCAGAUGUCAGUGAUGAUGGAGGCAACAAGGAGGAGUGUUAUAUUAGUCCCCAAAGCCUGACAACCACAACAUCUCUGAUUUUACAACCUAACUUUCUCUUACUCCACAAGGAGACAUUUUCACUCGGCUGCUUUGAUAUGCCUCGCUGGUUUUUGUAUUGAAGAGGUAAAAAAAAAAAAAAAACUCUGCGCCCCGACAGGUGUCUGAUUUCAAUUCCCAUGGCAAACACAUGCCACAGCUCGAUGCAGAUUGCCUGUGGAGAUCACAGUUUGUGCAAAAUAAUAGUGUAUCUAGAAAUACUGGCCGUGGUACAGUCCACAGGCUUUCAGAUGAGACGCGUGUUUGAGGCAAAAUGAUACAACAGUGAGCGAGUGAUUGCCAUAAUGAUAGAUCCCUAACCAGACAUUUUUCAUAAAUGGAAACUUGGGUUUGAAAAGAAUCAGGAAUGGGUAUGUCAAAGUGUGAGACAAUUUGGAGAAAAAUGUUUUUGUAUGAGAUUGCUGCAUCAUGGAUGCUCGGGAUGCUUGGAGGUAAUAGAGUUCACGUCUGGGUAGAAUCAGUCAAUCCAUGAAAGUUUGGAAAGAGCCUUGUUGAUGGACUGGAAAAACUUUAAGCAAGUUUUUAUAUCUGACUCGUCCUAAAUUAUUUUUUGAUUGAUGGGUUUACGUUUGACAUAAUGCACUGCUGAAGCAUGAUAAAUGGAAUAAUUUUUACAUAUAUUUAACACUAACGGUAUAUCAGGCUUUCUUUCAGUGCCAUUUCUUCUGGUAUGCAAAAUGGAAGGUUUAACCUCAGGGUAUGCCGAUAUGAUUAGAAUGGGAAGUCAUUCCCUCUCCAUCCUCACGGCCACUGUGAUAAAAAUAUAAGGAAGUGAUUAGAGGGGUAGAAAAAGCUUUGGUUCAUUUAUAUUUCAUACCAUUUGAAAAAGUAAUCUGACCUAUAGACACUGUGGCUCAUGCUGGAUAUGAAAGAAGGAAAGACGACAUCUGUAUAGGACUGCUUGAAUUCAAUGAAAUUGCUACAUUAUUUACGUCAUUAAGGACCGGAACCACUGUAUAACUCAGAUUCAGAGGACAAAUGCACUAACACAAGGCAGGAGAUGAAAAUAAGGUGACAGCAUGGGCUCUCAGUGAAGAGGCGUUUUAAAUCAGCCUGAUCAGUCUAGCAUAAUGUGAUGGCUAUUACAUUUAGGCUGUACAUAUGGAUAUCUGUCAGGGAAUGAGGCAUGCUGUAAGUGGGAUAUCACAUCAGAUAAAGCUGGGGAGUUUGACAUCAGGAAGGGAUUGGUCGAACUCCAUAUAUUAUUACUGUAGGGAUGUGUCACUUUCAAUUUCCACAUCAUUCCAGCAUGGUUAAUAAUUUGAUGUUUGGCAAAUACUAUUUUCCAUUACAUUAUGAUAAAACAAUAUAUAUACACCUACUAUUUAUGGAUACACAGCUUCAGUUCUCAUUUAUAAUCCUAAAGAAAGCAACUUUUUGGCCACUUUGGAGCAUUAAAAACAUGCUUAAACACAUAUUUCAUAUGAACAACAUUUUCAUUUUAGACCAAUAUGAACUUCCUUAACUGAAUUAUGCUGAUAAAUGUUUAUCAUCAACCUUUUUUUUCAUAACAAAAACCACAAUGAGCUUUAAGUACAUCACUGGUGUAAAAACCGAGAAAAGUACUUUGAGAUGUAUAUUUUUAUACCUUAUUGUAAUGACGUGGAGUUUGCCUGGGCUAGUUCUGCAAACAAAUGUGAGUGUAGCACAUAGUAUGGUGUUGUUUUCAUGCAACGUGCUAUCACAGUGUUCAGUAUUCAGUUUUAGCAUUUCUUACUCCCCCACACAUUCAGCUCUUCAUCGCCAAACCAAGGUGAAGCAGGAUACUGGCAUGCAUUAACUCUGACCCUGCCCAAACAUUUACAUACACCAAACACAAACCAGGGCUGUGGAAGCCCCCAUAAACAUGACACAUAUGUAAUCUGCCUGUCACAUGCAGGCUGUGUCACUGUGACCGUGUGACAUUGUGACAGAGCACAAUGCGGAUGAGUGAGGUGGGAGCGCGGGGAGUUGCAUUUUGGGGGUUUUUAAUGAGUAUGAUUGCGUGGGCGCGUUUAUGCUGCCUCACUUUGACAGCUCUGGUCCAGCUCUGUCCUGUAGGUCAGCUGGGGUUUAAUUGUCAACCUUAAAUAUUCAUGGGCACAUUGAGUAGAUAAAUGAAGGUAUAAGCACACUGUAAAAUUUUCAAUAGGUCAGGUGUCGCUGACUUCACCGGAUACAAUUUACUGUAUGGUCUGACAUUCGCCGCAAUGCCAAUUAAUAUGUUAAGAGCAUGAAAAGAAACCCUAAUGGCAUUCUCCAUUUAUGCAUUAGGAAGUAUUCCAGGAUGAGAUGGAUACCUAUAAGACUACAGGGGCACUGCAAUAAAAAGGAGCACUUUAUGGGGGUGUUUUAUAUAGGUAUGAAUCUAUAUAAUUCUAACAUAGACUCAAACCUUUGAGACUUCCAGUCAUUACUUUUUACCUGAGAACGUGUUCCCUCUUGAUAACCAGAGCAGAGUGGUCAAAUUAUUUUACAGUCCGUCAUUAAAUUCCUACUCCAAAAGUGAUCAAAGCUUGUCCAUUCUGCUGGCGGGCCAGGGGACAGUUUCAUCAGCUUUUUGUCUGUGAAAACAUGGCCUUAUGGGUUGAAAGUCAUAAACUCCUGGCAAAAUACAAUCAGUUUCUCCACACAGUCUAUGUCUAGAAUGGAAACAAGUAUUUGAUUAACAUUUACUGAGAGAUAAUGCCAUUCAGUGCUUGACUGGAAUUACCAUCUGAACCAAUGUUAGCUUAUUUUUCCGACUUUGUCCCACCAAUCAAUAAGAUUCUAUCUAGCUGUACUGAGCUUGAACGUAGUUUUGAAAUAAUGUAGCCAAACUUUUAAGUCUUAAAAUCGUCUCUGAUAGCUUUUAGCAGUUUUACGACUUAGAGUUGAAUAAAUUCUUCACCUAUUUUAAGUUGCCGUCUUUGAAAACACUGAUAUCACCCACUGUCUGGGAUGCUUCAUUAAACCAGUCCCUUUAACCCAGCAUUCCAGAAGCUUCCUUUACUGUUGCCAUGCAAAAAAUAAAUAAAUAAGUUGUGUUUCUUUGUAUAAAUGACAAAUUUACCCUUUUAAGGAGACUUACUGUCUUAUGCUGUUAGGAUUUGAGCCAAUCUCAUAUUGAUCUUUGCUCAUGUGUGACACCCGACAUUUUAACUUAACAUUUGUCUUCAAAUAUAAAAAAAAGCAGAAUACCAUCUCUUAAAGCAUAAUCCAAUGUCUGAUAUUCUGGGAAAUUACCAAGAAACAAAAAAUCAUACCCAGAAAUAAAGAAAUAAAGUUGAAGUAGGACGCAAAAGAUUGAAGUAUGGUCAAUUGUUCAGGCACUUUACCUGUUUUUGCCAUUUUAUUUUAUAAUUAUGUCCUGUCUGGAUUAUUUACUCAUUUUAUUAUAAUGCAUGACAAACAUUUCUUUGGAAUUGAAACACAAAGCUAGGAUAAAGUGAAAUGUUUUUUAGAAUUUGAAAAGGAUUAUCCAGUUAAAUCACCAGCUUGAAGUUUGCUUGAAGUUGGGAUUAUACUUUCUUUGCUUGGACCUUUUGUGUAAGAAAAAAAAAGAAAUAGAGAGAAGAAAUGGAUACACUGUCCUGGAGUUAUUUAUUGUUUUGCAGCUGCUGCUGAUCCAGUUUCAGAUACAAGCAGGAUGCUCCAGACUGACACGCUGUUGCAUACCUUGUUGUGAACAUGUAUUUGUAAUACCACUCCUCUGUUCUUGUAAAAGUUGUGGAAACUUUUUUUUAAUGCUUUGAAUUCUUACUAGAAAUAACUUUGUUGAGGGAAAACACGGACCGUAACUUAGCAACACAAUCAAAGCCGUGUCAACCCAACUCUUCCACCCAGCUGUCCCUCUCUUGCCAAGGUUAGCAUCCCCACAUCCUCUGUGCCUCCAUCUUUCUCCUUAAUGGCUUAUUUGAUGAUAAUUAACCCUGAAUCCUACAGAGACAGGCCGGUGAGAGAUUGAUGGCCUCGUCGGCCAGCUACACCUGUUCUGCUGCAAGGCUCACAGUUACCAAACCAUGGCCAAAUAUGAGUGCCCUGCAGCCUCGUGUGUCGAUGUCAAAGACAAACACAGGUCCUCCCCAGUGGCCUGGGUGUUCUGUAUGGGGCAACAUUGUGACCACAACCUCUGAUUACUCUCAUUAUUCCACCCAAGGCUGGCUGCUGUGAGGGGGCAUCCUGUGGUCCCUUUUGUCCCAAUUAACUGCACUGUCCGUUAAAAUGUCUAUUCAUCUGCUGCUGCACAUCCUCUCGCAUACAGAUGCUCUGAAUUACCGGAGAGUAUUUUUCAUGGGGGCAGUCCUUUUGUCACUGAAUCCAUUUAGGGAUGGAAACAAGUGCACAUUUGGGAGUUUUGCGCCACAAAGGGACUGUAAUGUUGACAGCUGAAGUGAAAAAGCAGCAGAAGUUCUUUUAUUCUGGCAGUUGUUGCUGUUUUACAGACCUCCAUUUGAUGUGUAAUGACUUAAUACAGACAUUUUUUUCACUCUUUAGUACUUUCUUUUCUGCAUGCAAGCGCAAAAAUACACCAGCACAUGUAGCGCACUUGAUUUUGUUGUCCUCUUCUACUGUGUUAAAAUACUGCUGUUGAAGCAGAUCCCUGUGCCUUGGUUUCCAGGCUUCACACAUGUGUCGACUAUUUCCAUGAACAGAUGUUUAUUCUUCUUUUCCCCACUUUCUUGAGAUGUUCUUCUCUCCAAUAAAUGCAGACCCAGGUCGUUCUCUCAGCAUGUUGGGGUGAAGCAUGAGGCCCCUGUCAUAUUUGCUGCAGAGGGGCUUUCGGGAGUUGGGGAAUAAUCGAAUGCAAGAAAAAGUGUUUAAUUUUUCAUAAACAGAGGAACCACCGAACGCACACAACUAACAAUGUACCCCAAAGCAGAUGUAGAGCGUUUUUAAUUUAUGGAGAACUGAGCGAAAUGGGCAGAUGGAGCAAGAGGAGGUGGAGGCAUGCUGAGGGACUCCACUUUCCUCUCUUCUCACCUCACAAACAAGAGAAGCCUGUGAGCGUGUGCCACAGCGCGCACAAACACACUCCCACACAGCGCUGAAAGACACAAGCGCAUGCACAAAUGCAGACAUGUACCACCCCCACCAUUUACACGCACACUUCCCACUGCAGCCAUCACUUCUACCACACACAAACACACAAACACACUUAUCCUCCCCCCUUAUUUUCAACACAAUCCCACUCUUCCUUGCAGUCCCCGUCCAAACACAUGUACACACAGCCUGCUCCCACAUACACACACACGCACUCACAAACAAAAAUCAUCCCAUUAUUAGCCCCUCAAAGACACACACACACACACACACACAGGCAAAUCCUGAGGGUUCAACUGGACCCGUUUGAGAACAUUCGGUAAUGAACUGCCUCAUGCGCUCUGCAGAAUCUGCAGCAAGUAGACAGGCUUCAUUCUGGUGGGCCAUAUGUAGGUAUGAAUAUGCAUGGGAAUCUGUCAUACAGGCAGCAAGCACUACAUAUAUAUGAUGCCAAAGGUCACCAGUGUGAGGAGAGAAAUUAGCUCUCGGUUGGGCAUUUGGAGACAUGUAAGACUGUGUUUGGAGAGCGUGGGUGGACUGUGAAUCAUGCCAAUGUGUGAAUCUAGUCCUUUGCUCACUUUUAGAGGACAACAUUGAUUGAGAAGUUUGGCUACUUGGUUGUAUUUGUUUUUUUGCGAGAAGUUGAGGAAAAGUGUUAGAGCCAGUUGGUGGGAGCUGAAAAUACACCAAGGUUGCAAUGGUGAUAUAUUGCUCCAAGACUGUGUAUUUACAUUGUUUGCCGCCUUGGCACAAACGUUUAUCAAGCCUUAUUUGCUUUUGUUAAAGAUAAAGUAGUGCUCUUAGUAGAAUAUUUAUGUAACGUUUCAGUGGGGACUUUAAUCUGAUUUAAAACUACAAACCUCUGUAACAGACAGAAUGUAAAUGUAGGGUGUACGAAACUAGAAAACCAAACCCUUUAACUUUGCUGUAUUAAUAGCCUUUUUAACACGAGUAAUGUCAUAGAGUCCUUGGCUUUCAGGGCCAACCACAACUGGACAUCUGCAGGUUUUUGCAGAACUGCUUUGGCUCCAUGUUUCAGCAGCUUGAGAGACACAUUAGCUGCAUUUACAUGGGCACAAACAAUCGGAAUGAAUGCCCAAUUGAAAUAAAAAUGCGUCAUGUAAACAUGUCGAUCGGAAGAUUCUGAUCCAGUUCAGCUCAAUCGGAAAGACAUUGUAUCCCGAUUGAGAGGGGUGGUUUAUACCAAUUGUUCUUCCAAAACCUGUCCAUGUAACACUUUUUCUGAUCGUGACUCUCUUGCCUGACUCGAUCUUCACUCUUUAGCCUUUGGCUUAUUUAUUGAGGUCAGUACAGGAGGUUUUAUUUUUGACACUGGCAGAAAAAAAGAAAAAACACAACCGCAGGUGCCAUGUCUGCUCUUUUGAUAACAUAACAAGGCGUCCGUACAGCAUAAUGAUGUCACAUCUGCAUGCACAGUGCGACCUUUGACAGAACAGUAAAAUAAGUACGCAAGGGCGCCAUCUAGUGACAACAUUUAACAGGGGGGAAACUCCUGAAUUGGAUGGAGUGAGUCACUUCCGCGUUUGUUGGUUUGUUGACAGUACAGGCGUGACUACAACUCUUCUUCUGCGGUUGUUUUAGUGAAAUCAGACAACUCUGCGCAUGUCCAAAUGCUUCUAAUCUGAAUAAAGCUUGGUGUAUGUAUACCCACGUCACGAUCGGAUUAUUUGACUUUGCACCCGUAUAAACAGUGGAUUCAGAUUAUCAGAUCCCUCAAAUUUUUAAUCGGACGAAGAAAUUUUGUCUGUGGCUUUUGACUUGACUGUUUAAGUCUGUUUUGAGUUGCUCUGUGUUGUUGAUAUUUGCUUUAUCAGAAGAAAUCUUACAAAGACAUCAUAAAAAUAACAGAGAGGAGUCAUGUUCUGCUAUCCAACUUAUGACUGCAUUGCUAUUAUUGAACCACAAUCAGUGUAAACAUGCCCUUAAAGACACAUAUUUUAAAAACCAAACAAAUAUAAGGAGAAUGAGAAAGAAAUUUGCUUUUGAGGCCAGUGAAUGAAUGUAACGUACCUGCUCUCUGGGCCUUAUGAUGCAUUCAGCUGAGAAUGUCUUCAGCUUAUAUGAUCAGUGAGCCGUGUGCUAAAAAAGAUCCAAGUUCCCAUGAGAAAGCUAUGCCGUGCCAUGUCCUGCUCAGUCCAUAUCUAGGUUGAAAUUUUUAAUAUGUUUAACGUGAGGAAUAUUUUCAAAAGACCAUCAUAUGAUGAUGUUUAAAAACAAACACACAAUCUCGCCCUAUUGUUAUUGUCUGGUUUUCCAAGUUUUCUUGUACUUUUUUGAAAAUCACAUUUAUGGAGUAUUACAGUUUCUGCCUUGGUCAAGCUUUAUUUAUGUCAUACAUGGUCGAAAAUAAAGAUUGAAAGUCCAUUAUUCCUGAUCUGAUACUCUGUUGAUAUAAAUCUGUAGUACUUUUUCUGCUUUUCUUCUUAAACAAAUGUGCAGAGUUGGAUAUCUGCGCUUUAUUGACAUGAUGUCAGUCAUUUAAGAAAUCUGAGGAUGUUCAUAAUUGUAAGUUGAAGCAGAGUCAAUCACUCUGGCUUUUUCUGCUUUAUAUCUGCACUUUUUAGAUUUAGUUUUUUGGAGUUUGAUUGAACAGCCUCUCUCACGGGUUCUGCUGCUUGAUGUGAUUUUGUUAAAGGAAGAUUUGGCCCUGUUGCGACUGUGUUUUUAUCUCCCCCAAACAUUGUGUCACUUCUGUUUAAACCCAAAUUUUUGCGGUAAAACAUUAAAAGAGGCGAUACUUUUGUGAGCUAAGCUGCAGUUCCAACCAGCACAACUAUCUCCAGCUUGUUAACUAUUUAUUUGCUGUGACAUUAGAGUGCCAUUGUGCUUCACCAAAACACAUGUGUCCCCAGGCACGGCCCAGACGGCCUCACUGUCCCGCAGUUCUCUCUGCUGUAAAUUCCCCACUUAAAAUUUCAUGAUCUCCGCUCGGCAGGAUACCACUUCCAUCAUGAAAGAGUUCUCAAACCUAAUAACCGUUACUACUCUGGUGGAGCCAUCAAAAACCUAUUUGUUUCAACAAAAGCCCCUCUCCCCCCCAUGCAAUGCUGCUGGGUAAUAAUGCCAGAUAGGUUUUAAGGGCAAUGAAUUGUGGAAUUACCAUUUUCUCCUCUCUCUGUCUCUGUCUCUCUCUUCUCCUCUCUUCUCUCUCUAUCUCUCUCUCCCUAGAUCAUUAUAUUAAACACUUAAUUAUUCAUUGGUAAUGCCUGUCAUGGUGAAAUAUUGUCCUCUGCCAAUCUGAAUGCAUCAUACUGCCUGGGCCUGCCUCUCUUCCCGAGGUUAAUGGCACAGCCCUCGCUUGCAUUAGCUUGGCUAAAUGCAGUGCACCUCAUAAGUCAAAGUUCUCUAAGUGAGUGGAGAAGUCAUCACCUCGAGCGCUCUCUUUUUCUUUCUCCUUUUGCACGUGGGUCAGUGAGAUCAUCCUCACAUGGGAGUCCACUCUGAACACACGCACACACACACACAUGCACAUGCUCACAUGUCCACAGUGGAGCUUUAUUGUUUUAUCUGAAGGAUGGUUUGGUCUUGAUAGAGCGCGAGCAGCUGAAUGGGCCUCGCCAUAAGGGCUUUUAAAGGUGAGGGGUGAACGGAUCACUAUUCAUGCAGUGCACUCAUGGACUGAGCAUCCGUAGAUGGCCCCUAUAGGGAACAUAGAGGGUGUUAUGACUAAAUUAUGAGUCUGACAUUAGUCAUUCUAUACCACAGGUUCAAUUUGGACGGACAUAAACAGUAUUAAACAGAUUACAGGAGAUAGUGGUGACAAGGAUCUCUCAGGUCUGAUGUGAAGAUGCAUGGCGUGCUCCUUGUCUUAAUACACUCUGGCGUGCAAUAUUUCUUCUGCAAAUAUGCAGAGCUCACAAAAAUGAUAGUUUUGUGCACUUAAGCAAAUUGCACGUUGAUUACAUCUUCCUGCUAUUGCUGAAAUGAAAUUUAUUUAUCAUUGGUUAACAGGGAAUUUACACGUAAUAAGAAAUCCUUCUGGAAUAAGAAAAAAAAAAAUGCAAACAUUUAGUUGUGUGCCAAUAACGGGAAAUGCUGACGUGUGGGUAAACAUUUUACAAGCUUCGCAGCUUUUCUGUGUGGCAAAUAAAAUGAAUACCGAAAACAAUUAAUUUUAUUUGAAGGGAGGUCAAUCUGUUUUAACCCUCGCUGAAUGAAGUGGCAGAGAAAAGGGGCAAAAAGGAUGCUGGAGAUUAAUACCUUGUCUUAAAAGCCGAUAUGGAUCAUUAUUUUACUGCCUUCUAUUACCUGGUUAAACAUGUAUGACUUGAUGUCAGCACAUUAUUAAAGGUGCCUUCUUGCCCUGAUGCUUACCUCACCACCAGGCCGUCGAGAAAAGAUUGCAGUUAGAAAAAGAACAAGUUAUUGCAAAAAGCUUGCAGUCGUUCUCAUGUGGACCGAUCCUCUCAAAGGACUACAGUAGAUAUGAGCUCACGUGUGAUUAGAUCUGAAUCUGCAGAAAACAUUACAUGGAUUGCACAUCAGUAGUUGCCAAGGAGCAUUCAACAUCUUUAUGCCAAGUAUCACCUGAAUAAUCACCUUUUUAUGAACUCAAAAUUAGUCUUUUGCAUCAAUGAGGGAGGAUCCCUUCCAAAGAGGCUUGCCUUGUUUCUACCAGAGCACAUACCGGACAAACUCUUUGUUCUUAGGGAGUGGCCCUAUGAAAUGCAAACCGAUUUUUUAUGGCGAAAACUUGUACUUAUCUCUACAGCUUCUCGUCCUUGAAGGCUGCUGUCACUUCACCAAUGAGAGGAGUGAGCAAGGGGGCAUUGAUACUGAGAAAUUCAUGCCAGAUAGUGUUAGAUAUUCAAUAUUUGAUUGUUACAACAGACAGAAUAAAAAUCGGAUAUGAUGUUGCUGGUAACAGCUUUAACUCAGUGUUGAGAGCUUACUUGUCCGGACAGAUGAGGCAAAAAGCCACUUCUGCUGCUGAGUUGUUUGCACAUAGUUUUAAAAAGAUCAGCUGUGAGCUAAUGUUUCCUUUUCUUUCAUGAACUCAACCCACAUUUUUUGUCCCCCAACAUCGAACUGAAACUUCUAUCAUAGAUACAAAACUUCUUUUGUUCGUUUCAUCUCUUUUUCAUGAUUAUAAUGGCAUCCUGGUUUUAUCAUACACAUUGUGCUUCCUAUAGAAAAUUGUUUGACAGGUUGUCCAAAAUCAGUUCCAUUCAUGAAGUGUAGCAACUCAGAAAACCGGUGUUUAUCUUUUACUUCCAUACCUUAGAAGCUCAUUAAAAACAGGGAGAGAGGAGAGAAAGUCUCAGGAGGCUGACAAAAAUACCAUUCCUUCAAAUCAUUUGUUUGUUAUUACUUAAUGACUCCUGAAAUCCAACAGCACAUUUGGGUGAUGGAAUUUCUGACCUUCACUUCACAGUUGACUCUCCUCACUGUAGAGCUCAUUAGUGAACCAUCUAAUCUCAUUAGACGAUGCCGGGGUAAGGUGGCACUGUGACAAAGUAACCAGCCUCUCUCUCUCUCUCUCUCUCUUUCCUGUCUCUCUCUGUGGUUUGGACCAGGAGCAGAAAACAGGUGUGGGAGCGGGCGUGCGAGUCUGGGGGAGGCGGAGCCCUCGCUAACCCUUCUCCUCUAAUUGCCGUGGAUGCCAGUAUGCUCGCUAUCGGCUGCCUUUCAUAACAGUUGGUGUUUGGCAAGAGGCUUUUAUGUUUUUUUUAGCUGAUGCUUUGCUACUUAUUGUGUCUCUGUCAAAGGAAUACUUUUUGCAUCCUUAGUUGAACUGAAAUGUGUGUGUCCCCGGUGGAUGUGGAUGCCAACUGCUCCAAGACACAUUUCCAGUCAAACAGCCACUUUUGAAACUUCCAGCAACAAUCUGAUGUUGAUUUAGCAUCUUUCAGUAACUAUUUACAAGAAACUUCUGCACAUAGAGAAAAAGACAGAGGCACUGCGGCGCAGCUGUGGGGAUUUAACAAUGUAUGAGCAGUUCGACAGACUCACUAGCUCUGUCAGCUUUAGGCAUAUAAGGCUAGUUAUUUCCAUGUUGAUGACAAAGAUAAUCAAGAAUUUCUUGCUUUAACACAUUUAAGUCUUAAAUCAUUCAUAUCCAUUUCGGGUGCAUUAUACUCAAGCUUUGUUCCAGAGUUGAAUCUAACAAAAGCAAUGAAUAUCUACUGCCCCUCAUUGAUAAUUUUCAGUCGCUCCAAACUUGAAAUUUACUCCUCCAUCUGCACAUUCUCUCUGCCAGGCUCAUAAUCCACAUCAUGUGGAGCCAUAUUUAUCGUCGCAGCUUAUUUAAAUAAUCACCGUCACGUCAGCGAACAUUAUGGCCCUCCGUCAAGGUAAUAACACAUUGUCAGUGCUGUUGGGAAGCAAAUAUUAAACCAUAGAUCAAUGUUUAACAAUGCAUAAUGGACUGGAUCUGCAUGUUCCCGAUUCCAUUUCAGCUGGCCCUCGGCUAUAUUAGAAUAAUUUAAUGCUCCAAAUAAUAUGAAAAAAGCUGUUGUUAUUAUUGCUUUUUUGAUGAAUAGUUAAGGGGAAUCAGUGUUACAUGUUUUACAGAAUAUGAGGUUGUUUGCAUGUGACAGUUGUUUGACUGUGAUGUUAGGGAGCUCUUUGCCUGCAUUGAAACGCAAAGUGUGUAAAGCAAAUACAAACUUUGUAUAAAUCAUUCUCUUUGAUACAUGUAUGAAUGUGUGGGUGCGAUACGACAUUUUUCACAUGGAAUAAUAGAGGUUUUAAAGAGAGGAUAGGUUUUAUUUUCUUGGUUAUGUCAAAUUCUGGGAAUUUCCACCAUCUCAAAUAUUAUUGUAUAUAAAAAGGUGUAUUGUUUAUUAAAACUUUUGCAGAUAACUAAAAAAAACUUGUAGAUCAAUGCCAAUAUAACAAUCUUCAAGUUGACAAAUGCCACACUUAAAGCUCCUGUGAGGAACUUCCAGAUUUAGACAAAGUGGCCUUUGCUAUUCUUUACUUUUGUAUGAUUACGUCAUGCCUUUUGACUGAAAAUCUCAUAUUGACGACUUUUAGAAGACAAAUGUAUAUUUUGCGGUUAGUAUUUUAAGCUGAGAUUGUAAAACAAAGCUGUUUUUAGCCUCUUGUUUUGCACCUAACCCUUCAACCCAAUUUGAGUCAUUAGAAGUUAAAAUAUAUAAACUGUCUAUAUUGUUGCUAAUGAUCUUGUUUCCUUUUGUUUAUCAUAAAACAUGAUCAAUACAAAUUUUAGUCUGUUUUAUAAAUGUUAAAAAAAUCCAUACAGGAGCUUUAAAUAAGGCAAAAAAAAUACCCUGAACCUGGAGCAGGUUUUCUGCUAUCAUUCUGUGCUCACUGGCUGUGUGUCCAAAUAGGGUGUUAUGUUUAACUCACUGUUUUUUUAAUCUGGCAUCAAUUGCUGUUAACUAAAACAUUUAUUUAUUUAUGAUAUGCUUGUUUUGUUUAGAACAAUAGUCUAUUGUAGCUCAGAGUGCUAAAUCUCAGAGCCUAUGUGUGAAAACAUUUGCUAUAGUUUUUCUCUACUGUAUGCAUACAGUUGGAGAUACACAGACAUGACUCGCAUAAAAAGUAUUUGUUAUGAAAUCUAACUGGUGGCUGAAGUUUUGUAGGGGUCACUGAAACUUCUCAACAGCGAAUGAUCAACACACAGCAGCUAAUGGUGAGAAAACAAAAGAUUAGAAAGAAAAUCGGCACCAGAGCUGAUAUAACUAACUUUUAAGUAUCAGUUACAUGCAGCUGUUGCAGAAUUAGCAUCACUAUCAUUUCUUUAAAGUUAGAUUUCUGGUCAUGCUGUGUAAAGAGCUUUGAACACAGUAUUUCUGCUGACUGACUACACCAAGGUUUCGUAAUCCCAUGUGGGUUGGACCUAUAACUAUAUUUAGUAGUUUCAGGUGCACUCACACACACUCACAAAAAAUACACACUCCCUCAUCAUGGCUUGGUGGUGAUUCUGCUCGAGGUUCAAUGAACCAUCAGUUGGAAAAUCUCCCCGGUUGAUCCUGACUCAGUGUGUAUUGGGUGCCUGGCCUGCGGCGCUUGCCCCAGGGAUUCCUUCCUGGAUCAGCUGUUGCUAGCUGAGCCAGCAGCUAACAGAGCCCUGGGGAGCUCCAGGUGGGUCUGAUUAGCUCUCCACGGAAGAGAGGGGUCAAGGGAAGGCGUCUUGGGUUACCUUGGUGGGGAAGAAAGGGAAACGAGUAAGGAGGAGGGAGAGGAGGAGGGAAGGGAAAUGGGUGGUUGCGGGGAAGCAAGCAGGGAAUUAGACACAUGUCGGUCGAGGUCUCAAUUUUCUCGCAAUCAGCAAGACACCUGGCCUCGUCUUAAUUGGUCAGAAUACCUCAUCUAAUCCAUCGCCUGUCCUCCUCGAUGUCUGGAGCCUUCUAAUCUCGACUCGGUGCUGAGGCCAAUGGACAAAAGACAGGGAUGAAAAAGGGGCCUCCCUUUGAGGACUAAUCCAAUUAGAUAACUGUUAGAAACCGUGAGUAGAGUUUUACAUCCUUAAAAAGUAGACACAAACUCUGGGGACCUCUGUGACCUCGGAGAAUACCAUCUUGUUAAGAGUCACAGCAGGGACCCCUGUGCUCUUGUACUGCUCUCCCUGUGUUUCUAUUUUGUGUGCAUGUGUGUUUAUUUGAAGAGACAGUCUGUGAAAUUAAUGGUCCUGACUCGUAUAUCAGCAUCUUAUCCCAGUCUGAGUAGAUCAGCAUCCGAAAGGUCUCUCCUGAUAGUUAUGAAAUAGAGCUUCUGUUUGCUCUGGGUUUAAACUUAAUUAACUCUUUAAUGCUCUUAUGUAAACACAACAAAACAAAAUAAAAACAAAACAACACAAGAACCACACUUGCAUGUAAAAAUACAGAAACUGCACUGCGGGGACCUUUUCUGAUUUAUUCAUAUUUGCAAAAUCCUGAUUGCCGUAGGUGAUAUCCUUACUUGUAAAUACAUGAAUAUGAAUGACUGCUUUUCCAGACAUGCUGUGACUUACAUAUUUCCCACACACCUCCUGUUUUUAUUCAUGCAGAAAGAGGCUCCGUUCUUCUACCACAUGAGCAGUUUCAGUUUGUCGUAACACAUCGAGGAGCAGUAAACUUGUGACGCUCUCUGCCAAAGUUGCGCGGCCAUCAGAGACCGCCCCUAAAUGUUUGCCAAAGAAGGGCAAUGGCUGUCCCCUCGUAAUACCCCCAUAAUGUCUCUGCAUAGUGAUCAAACAAUGAAAUUUAAUCAGUGGCCUCCAGUCUACUUCCCAUAAAAAUGUGUUCUCUAAUAUAAAGUUCAUUUCUAUGAAUAUUAAAGCAGCAUAUCAUCUGUUGAAUAUUUCAUUUGAUCUCCGCCUUUAAUAAUGCAAAAUGAGGAAUAGAACAUUUGCCCCUUUUUUCCUAUAGAUGAUGACUUUGUCCACUAUUGUAUAUAUCACAUAUUGCAUUACAUUUCCUGGUAUAUAGGUGUAGUAAAGAAAUGGAACUCUCUGAUGUGGAUAUUACCCCAAAGCUUUGGGCGAUUUUCCUGUCGUUGAAACGUAGUAAAGCGAAAUGAUAAAGCUUUGAGUAAAUGUCUGAGCUUGACACCUGCUCUCUUUGAAAUGUCUGUGGAAGUUAACUUUGACUUUUCUACGUGCUGAAGAGGUAGCGGAAGAAAUAAAGAUGCUUGGAUAGUUGCGUAAGGGCUGCAUGAGCUUGCUGCACACACUUAGACUGAUUAUCUAGUGUAAUUGUGCAACAUUAUAAGGAUGCAAAUGAAGUGUGUAGACAUGGCAACCCUGUAGGAAAAAGCCUUGAGGCUGUCUCCCCUUUGUUUCCUGCCCCUCUCAGCCACGUUCUAAUUGUAUUAUCCCCAUCAUUUUAGUUAUUUGCUUCUCGGCGUCCCUGCUCUGAAUGUCUUUGUAUGGCGCAGUCAUCAAGGUGAUAAUUGCGUUGCCAGUCCCCAGUAAGAGACAUUCUUAAUUAUUUCAGCAUUAGGCGGUAGUUAUACAGGCUAUUAAUGCUUGACUUCGCAAUUAUAUACUUUGUUUGAUUGCCUUUUAUCAGCGGGAUACAAUGGGCUUAUUUGCAGCUGACAAGAGGAACACCACAGUUUUAUGCAAAAGAUAAGUGAUGUGACAUUCCCUGUAUGGCUUCCAUUCACAUGCAAACGCCGCAUGUUGCGUUGAAGUGCUUUUAAUCUCGCAAACAUCCCACACAUGAAAAUAGUUGCAUAGAAAUCGUUUGGACUCGGAAUGAGCUGUCAAGCCAUGAAAAGAAGUUUGGGUCAGUGCGUGCUUUUGAAGGCUUGAUUUGCCAGUCUCCUCCUUUUAAAAUCUCCAAAGUCAUUAUCCAGUUUGGUCUGGAUUGUUGACACCUUCUUUGGAACACGUGUUUCUCGCUCAUAUGGAUCGCCGGAGUGCCUCGCUUUUUAUGUGCUGAGGACUUGUUUGACCCUUUGUACUUCAUUGUUAACUGAUGUGGUUUUUCUGUAUCAUUCCUCGACUAUCUGCACUCUUGGUAACAGUAACACACUUAAAAUAUGUUGCUAAUAAGUGACAUUAGAUUUAACAUGCUGCUUUAUAAUUCGAUUCAGGCCUAAUUACACUGUGGUAUCCACCUGGCACUCGCCCCCACUACCACAUUCCUCUGUCUUUAAAGUCUUGGCCCAGGCAUCAAAGCUGCCUGCUUUUGAUGAUAUUUUGGCAUUGGUCUGUGUUGGCUGCAACUUAAAUGGGAUUAGAGUGUUGCCCGUUAAAGCAGGCCACUGCUCUUCAUCUCAGCCUAACAGAAUAUUAUGAGUACUUUUCAAUGUCAGACUUGAAGGCAGAAAUGUUGCAUAUUCAAGGAAACAGCAGAACAGCCAAGGUUUCUACAUUUGUCUUUUUUUUUUUUAUACCACCCAUUCUUUCCACCCAUAUGUGCUCGGUUUGUCUCAACCCACAUUCCCCAAAGAGACCAGUCCAGCUCCUGGCGGGUCCAAUACCCCUUAACCAAAGGCUCCCUGCUUUCCAAAGUGAAUGAAAGUUAAAUUAGGUUAAAUAUUAGAAAUCAGCACAUCGGAUGUCCAAGUCAAAAAACAAACUUUCUUCUUGACACCUGAUUACUUUAAUGCAGAACAGGCAAGUGGAGAGUCAAAUCAUGUUUUUUAAAUGAAAGCAAAUUCAGUACACACUGUUCACAGAUGUUCAUUUACAUUGUUUGUUAGCAGCCAAUUCAUUACUUAUUCUGUUUUUAAUUAUUGUCUGUAACUGCCAGGCUGUGAUGGUUUCUGGCUGAGUGUUGAUCCAUGAUGAGACUGGAGCAGCCCACUACUGCAGCAAAAUGAACUUCCUUUUAAUGAAACUGGAAGAAAAUAAAACAAAAAACAAAUAAAAUAUUCAUAAUAAUGAUAAAAAAUAAAGCUACAUUAAGCCAGUUUUGAUCACAGACAGAAAGAAAGAAAGGAAGACACCAACAAGCUCAAUGCAAAAUCAUGGACUGCGUAAAACUCAGAGGUAGUCUCAGUGGUGUCGUUGGUCUCGAGUCUUGAUCACUUUCUAUUAGGGAGGUCUGGAUUGGAUAUUGAUAUUGGAUACCAGCAUGAAGAAUCUCCAAUAUCAGCUCUCCGAUACAAGAAGUCCAUUCCAGACUCCGGGCCAGCACCUCUGACUGGCACCUCUACCCACGCAGAGCACAUGUAAUCACAACAAUAGUGUUUACUAAGGUACUAACAAAGUAGCAAGGAGUAGGAGUGAUUUAGGCCAUGUGGCAGUAUCUUUGUUUAAGUCCAAAAAAGACGUUGUAAAACUUGUCAUGCACAAGUUUUUGCCAAUAUUGGAUUAAUAUCUGUAUUGGCCAAUACUGAUAUCGGUAUCAUAUCAGAUGUAAAAAAGUUGAAUCGGGACGACCCUGCUUUCUAUGUUAGAAAUGCUGACUGAGUCUAACUUUUACUCAACUUGAAGGAAAGCAAAGAAAAAUGCCACAGAACUUCCACUGAUCAGUCAUUUCAGCCAUUCCCCUUUUUGUAUGUAACUCAGAACCUUAAAGUCUUUAAAAUUAAUUAAUUGUGAAAUAAAAUUGAUUUAAUCAGUUACAGAAAAGUGAUAUUGACAAGCACUGGAGUGUUAAAAAUGUUGACCACUGUAGCAGGAAGCACUGUUUACAAAGUUCCUAAUAAAAGCCGACAAUGAUGGUGUUUUUUUUUUCACUUAGACUCAAAACUAAAUCUAAGUUUCCUUCACUUUUUGAACUUAUUAAUUUCAAGGUUGGCCUAUACCUGAACAAAAAGCCAUGGCAUGGUUUGUCUACUUUAUAUAUAUAUAUUGGGCAAACAUACUCAGUGUGCAUUUCAUAUAUAAGGCUCCUCAUGCUAAUUUUUAUCAAAACUCAUCAUUCAGGUUGUCAACAUGUUUUGUUCAUAGUUUUAAUUGAUGGACGAAGGGUCCAAAUAGGCUAAUCAGAAAUGAAAUGAUUUCAUAGCAAUUGUUAUGAAACGCAUAAUAUAUUUAUGAAACAAUUAAUAUGACUUAUUAUUCCCAAGCUCUCUGACUAAUCACCCAGUUGUGUUGAAUACCUGAUUCUGAUUGGUCAAAACCCCCUGACACCUCUUUGACAACAGUUAUUAACUCUGCAUCAUAAGAGCAACACCAGAAACAACCAGAUCACACACAUGAUUUGAUAAAUCAAUAUGUGAGUUUUACUUCUGCUUGUUGACACUGAGGCAAAAUCAUUAAAUGAACAACAAGAAUAUUUGAGACUUUUUUUUUUUUUUUUAUUGCAGACGCUCUCUUAUGGACUCCGAUUGCUUGCUGGCCUCUUCUCCGACACUAUUAUUUUUAAUUGGACUUAUUAUUAUUUCUAUUGACUCAUUUUAUGACUGGAGAGGCACUUCAUUCAAAGAGAGCAGUCGCCUCGGC